AUGAAAAUUUGAGAGCCCUUCAAAGCAGGGUGCGCGACGUGAAUAGUGAGAAGCAUAAAGUGAAUUGUGUUUGUUAAACCGUUUUUUGUUGUACUAUUGACUACGGCGCGUAGUUGUUUCGCGUACAAAAACGCAAUAAGUUUAAUUACUAUUUUCCCGAGUUAAAAGUGCCAUAUUGCCAGAUUCGUUACGUUUGUUUUGGCACGCGUACACCGAAAUCCUUAUUGUGGGAGCGUGAGUCCUGGCCGAGGCGUUAUGUGUUUGUGAGAAAAAUCGAUUAACUUGCAUGUGGAGUUUUCACUUCAACACCAUUCGUACACAGUCGGACACAGAGCGAAACAGCCGUGAAUUGUGCGACGUAAAACACGCUGAGACAACGCCAAUGUGUUGUCCUGCCGACUGGACGUACAUGACAAAAGCAGCAGCAGCAAACAUAUCGAUGUCAUGGACAGAGAUCCAGGAAAGAAUAAGGACCCACCCACUGCACCUACAACCGGUGAUGUGGGUCGAGACCGUGAUACCAACUAUGAGCAUGAGUAUGCAGCAGUAGGCCCACCGCCUAUACCAGCUACGCGCACACGGCGAUUACAUCGCACAGCUGACGUGUUGCCGUCAAGUGGCGCUGCAACACCAUUAGAACCAGCUGUGACCGCCAUUGGCACUGUUAUUGCGGAUGACACACACGAACAGCUGGAGACAUCAACAAUUACGCGCACAUACACGUCGCGUAAGAUUAUACAUUGCUCGUCGGAAUUUCACGAGAGCAGCUCUAGUUCUAGUUCGGUGCAAUAUGUGGCCGAGGAAGAGCUUGAUACGCCUACAACACCGCAACGUUUGCGCCAGAAAGUGGCGGAGUAUGAAAAAGUUUGGUCCUCUGGCGGUAGUCUUAAGCGUUCACCGGACGAGAGUGCCGAAGAGUUGCGACGUGAGUUCAUGGAAGCUACGUCGGCGGAACACUCAUCGCAAGCCAUUACCGUUGUUGGGGAGACAUUAGAAAAUCCUUUUGAUAUUGAUGUGCUGGAAAUUGAGAAGCGUCUGCGUAGGGAACGACAGCGUGGUUUGGCUGAAGCCGAAGCGGCUAAGCAGGCAUUUCAACAGGUGCAGUUGCGACAUACGCCGCAACCUUCGCCACGUCGGGUAGAGGUGCAAGAAGAUUAUACAGCGUUGCCAUUUAAUGUGACACUGCGUACAACCACUAAAUUAAGCCCCGGUAAUGAAUCAGGACAUAUCGAAGUAGGAGACGAACAAUCAGCAAGUCCUUUUAAUGUAACAUUGCGUACGACACGUCGCAUUGUAAAAAAGGAUUUAUCGACGAGCUCACAGCAAUAUGAAGAAACUUCAACGACCACUGGUAACCCUUUCAAUGUCACGCUACGUACAACAACACGACAAGGUUAUCCGAUAAGCCCCGUUAGUCCUGGUGAUCCGAAAAAUGCAUCUGCGCGUUUUCUGGAAUCUGAACAGACAGUACGCGAAGUUCAUGCCGUUGAUGGUGUACGCACGAUCGUCACUUCGUCCAUGACAAGUGAUGGACGCAAACACGAAGAGAAAAUUUUCCGUCAUGGCGAAGGUUACGUGUCGCCUCGUUGUUCACCGCAACGGGAGAAUCGCGCUUUCUUCGAAUCCAUGGAGAGAGAACGUGAAGGUUCCGUGUCGCGUUCUUUGAGCGGCCGCGCCAGCGCAACACCACCACCACGAACUGUAGAUAUGACCGCCGGUGGUCGUCGUAUAUUAAUACGCUUGGAGGAUGAAAGUCUCGACACGAGUGCAUAUCAUGAAAACAGCGACAUUACUGACUCGGUGCAGGCGCGCAUUCGGCAGUUGGCGCGUAGUCCGGACGGUGGCGGUGGUGCCGCUGCUAUGUACAACGUUGCGAUGGAAACGUCACCUGGUAACAUUGACAUUACCGUGGGUAGUACGCACCACCACCACCACCAUCAUCUGCACCAUCAACAACAAACGCAACCGCAACAAUCGGGCCAAUGGUAUUACCAACAGCAACGGCAAGAACAACAAAUGGAAACCAACAACACUAUGGAAAAUAUGAUUUUGGAAACUCAGGAACAAACCCCAUGGCAAAGGCAAUCAAGCGAAGCAGUAACAAUCAGUACAGAAAAAGGCGAAGCCGCAGCAGGACAUACAGUAACGGGUACGCAUACGGCUAGCAUAUUGGAGACGGGCCAAUCGCACGAUUCUUCCGCAGAAGAAUCGCAACGAGUUGUCAGCAGAAAGAAGAAAACGACAACGACGACAGUAACUAGUAGUAGGCACGCGACGAGCGAAGAACGUGAAUUACGCGAAGAACAUCAGCGUCAAGCUUUUACCGGAAAAUUAACACGGCCAACUGGUUUAGCUCUAUCCGGUGCUAAUGUGCGUUUGGGUAGCGGCACGGUUGGACAGGAAAAGGCCGAAAACCCUCUGAAAAGUGAUUUAAGUGACGAUUCGGAUACGGAAGGCGUCGCUGCAAAGCAUCUGGUAAUUGUGCCCACACGUGUGGAGCUCAAUCAGGCAGCCGGCAGAGUUAGCCGCAGUCAAAGUCCGAGUGUUAGUGUGAGUGCAAGUGCAAGUGCAAUACAUACGCCGACAACCCCUUCAACGACAACUGCAAACAGUACUUUCGGUAAGAGUCUGACAGGUCAUCAGACACUACAACAACAAAGUACUCAAGACGAAUACCAAGAAUUCCAAUCCACAAUGGCAGCGAUUAAUUUCGCACGCAGCAACUCCCAAUACGACAGUCAUAUCAGGGAGAAGAGAGAGGAGCAAGAACGUGUGCAGAAGAAGACAUUUACUAAUUGGAUUAAUUCGUACCUCUCGAAGCGUGUUCCACCGCUUCGUGUUGACGAUUUAAUCAACGAUUUACGCGACGGUACCAAACUUAUUGCACUUUUGGAAGUGCUUUCCGGCGAACGUUUGCCCGUGGAGAAGGGUCGCGUUCUACGACGUCCGCAUUUCCUCAGCAAUGCCAAUACAGCCUUACAAUUCUUAGCUAGUAAACGUAUUAAAUUGGUGAAUAUCAACCCGGCAGAUUUGGUGGAUGGGAGACCACCAGUUGUGUUGGGUCUGAUAUGGACCAUCAUAUUGUACUUCCAGAUUGAGGAGAACAGCCGCAACCUUGAAUAUUUGGGUCAUGGUAUCAGCGGUUCGGUUAGUUCUCUGGACAGCGUUGGCAAGAAUGUCAGCGAUCAAAAGGCUGAGAAAUGGAAGCAAGGUGCUAGGAAGACUCUAUUAAAUUGGGUUACCAAUGCCUUGCCAAAAGACAGCGGUAUUGAGGUAAAGGAUUUCGGUGCCAGUUGGAGAGAUGGUGUCGCCUUCCUAGCCCUGAUUGAUGCCAUUAAGGCGAAUCUUGUCAAUUUGGCUGAUUUGAAGAAGGCCAACAAUCGUCAACGUCUGGAAACUGCUUUCGAUGUGGCCGAAAGCAAGCUGGGCAUUGCCAAAUUGUUGGACGCUGAGGAUGUGGAUGUACCCAAGCCGGAUGAAAAGAGUAUAAUGACAUAUGUGGCGCAAUUUUUGCACAAGUACCCUGAACCAAAAGGUGCCUCACGUGAUACAUCACAUAUACAGCAGGAGUUGGACGAAUUACGUCGCUUCCUGGUAGAAAAGACUACCGAAUACGAGCCCAUGGUCAUAUCGAAUUCAUUCCCGCGUGAUUUCGCUGAAUAUCUGAUUGCACGUUCAGAGAUCGACGCCCACUUGCCGGUCUACAAUCGUCUGAAGCAGUUGAUGGAUAGCCAAAGUGGUUUCCUACAAGUGCCGCGCCCCGUUUGGGAAGACAUAAAUGCGCUGUGGCAACGUUUACAAUAUCAAAUGAACUAUUGGCUGUGGUUAUUGGAUUCUGAAUUGCCCGGCGAGUUCGGUGUGGUCGGCAAGUGGUUGGCUGAAGCCGAAAAAUUACUAAUGGACAACGAGAUACCGAACGCCAUGAAUGAGGAGACAGCAUCGGUGAUUAGUAGAAAGCUGGAGGAGCAUAAAUUGUUCUUCGCCGAUUUGCCACGCAUUCUGGCGAUGUUCGAUAAUGCCAAGCGUUCACCGUUGGUACAGCAAGUGCCCAUUGAACAGUUGCGCAAUAUGGAACGCCGUCUGCAAGAUGUGGCGCCGAGGGCGGCUGAGCGUAGAAUACGCCUGAAAUUCCUCGAACACAAGUGCUGUCUUAUUGCUUUCCUCAAUUUGGUUGAGAACAAGAUGAAGGGUUGGACCGGCAAAUAUGGCUACGAGGAGAAGGUCAGUCAACAACUGGAACAAUAUAAGAAUUUCGUGUCGCGCAACAAAAUCUUCCAAGAGUUCCAGAAAGCAUUCGUCGAUAUGCAACAAGUGGUGGACGAAUACAAGCGCGAUGGCAAUGUGCCGCGCAAUGAUAUAACAGAAAUCGAUCGUUUCAUGUAUGAGACUGAAGAACGUUGGAAACGUGUCUCCAUGGAACUGAAAUGUUGUCAAAACUCGCUGGAGGAGGUUGUAAGCUGUUGGAAAACAUGGAAUCAGCUGGCCCCAACUUGUGAAGAGUGGCUGAACUUGGCCGAAACUAAACUGUCACGCUCCGAAGAUGAACGUUUAGAAUUCUUCCAAGAUAUCACCACAUGGAAGGACAAAUUCGAUACACUUGCCAAUGCGGCCAACUAUUUGAUUGCCUCCUGCGAAGAUGGCAUUGCCAAUAAUCUACGCCAGAAACAUGGCAAUUUGUCGGAACGCUUUGAGCGUCUCUUCGCCAACACCAAACAAUACAUGCACGCCGGUGAUAUUAUACGUGCACGCAAUGAAUACAAGUCCGGCAUUGAGAAGCUCUCGCAGUGGCUGCGUCAUGCCGAACAAGUGCUGGAGCAGCGUCAAAUGCUCGGCAACACGCAGCAAAUUACCAAAUAUGGCGAGGACUUGCAAAAGUUAGCCAGCGAGAUUGACGACAAUGAGGAGCUCUUCAAGACAGUCAGUCGUAACUUCCAGGGUCUUAUACAGGAUCUACCACGCGAGGAAGUUGAUAAAAUGAUGAAGUUACUGAAACAGGAGAAGGAGUCCUUAGUUCGUAUACGCGCACAAAUACCAGCCAAACUGCACCUCUUCCACCAGCUGCUCAUACAACAGGAGUCACUCGAAGCGGGCCAGAAAGAAAUACAUCAAUGGCUCAACGACGCUGAGACCUUAUUGAGCACACAUGCGCUGUCUGGUGGACGCGAUGCUAUCAGCGAGGAACUAAAUAAGCAUAAGACUUUCUUCUCGCGCACUGUCUACUAUCGCUCCAUGCUGGAGAGUAAGAAUAAGGUUUUCCAGAACCUGCUGAAAUCUGUCGCCGCCGAUGAAAAUAUUGACACCUCACAGACGGCACACAACAUGCAGCAAUUGAACGAGCGUUUCAAUUACGUCAUACAGAAUGCCGAGCAGUGGGAGCAACGCUUGAAUGACGCCUCACGCGGCUGGCACGCUUUCAAGGAGAACGAACGUGUCGUCAGUGAGUGGCUGACGCAGGCGGAAUCAAUGCUUAUUGAGAAACACAUUGAGUCGAAGACAAUAAUCGAGACGCAGAAGUAUUUCUUUGAGAAUGUUAAUGAGCGCUGGAUGCACAACCUGGUAGAGUCUGCACAGGAUUUGCUUAAAACAUUGCCAGCACAAGAGCAAAAGCCUGUUGUGGACUCGGUUGAGAAAUUACAAAACAAGUGGCAACAGGUGCUGUCGCAAGCACCAUUGCAUUUGCUGAAACUCGAGUUCCGUUUGGAUGAAUCUGCUUUCUAUCAGACAUUGCAAGAGGUCGAAAAGGAAUUGCAUCUGGAGCAACAAGCUUUGAAUCGCAACGAAGAUAUUGACUCAAUACUGAAUCGUAAUGAGCACUUCUUCCAACAACAAGGACCCAUACCGCGCAUUGAGAAGAGCUUGCAGAACAUGCAACGCAUCAGUCAAGCAUAUGGCUACCAGAAACCGACUGAUAUUAGUCUAAAUCAGGCCUACGACAAUGCCAGGUUGCAGUGGCAGCAAUUGUCUGGUAAAAUCGGCGAUAUGCGCGAGACAUUGCAGCAAAUACCGGCUCAGUGGGACAGCUACCAUGAGAAGUUCAAGGAAAUGGUUGAAUGGAUGAAUAUUGUCGAUAAGAGCUUGAAGAACAUUGUCAACGAAGUGAACAGUAUGGAAGAGUUCGAGAAGGAGAAGGUGGUCUUCCAGCUCAGGGAACUUGUGAAAAUCUGUCAAGAAGCAGAUAACAAAAGGGAGGACAUGAAAUGGCUGGUGAAAACGCUAGACUCCUUACUUAGCUACGCCAGCGAAGAUGAGGCCAAUCUCGAACAGAAGAAACUCGAAGAUCUAAUUGCUCGCUACAAGAACCUCAUACCGACCAUCGAAAUAACAAUGGUAAAGACCGAGGUGUUCUCCAAGUGCUACACGUAUCGUCGUGAGGUGCACGAGGUUGUCUGUCUGCUUAGCAAAGUGAAGGAGCAAGCCACCAAUAUACCACCACCAGAGAGUCUUGAACGUGUCAACAAGCUGAUUGAAGAGCAACAGUAUGCCAUUAGCCAGCUUGAUCAUCAACGUCCACAUAUCAUGUCAAUGCUGCAGCGUGGCCGUGAUUUAAGUAAAGACGUGCAUGCGCCAUCUUUCGUUAAUGUCGAAGUGAAGAACUUAGAGACCGGCUGGAAUGAGGCGUACACCGAAACCGCUGACAAGCUGCAAUCACUCAAGGGUACACAAGCUGUGUGGAAUGACUUUGUCGAUCAGAAGAACGACAUCUUUUCGAUGCUGCAGACAGCGGAGACAGAGUUGCGUGCGCUAACGCCAUUGCAGACCGAUCCAAAGAAUGUUAGCCAAGAUUUGCAUGCCAAGCGUGAGCUGAACUUACAAUUGCAGCAAGCCUCCCAUCAACUACUGCCCAAAUUACACUCCUUGAAAGCCGAAUUGGCGCCUUUGGCUGCCGCUGAUAAGCGUCCCAUAUUGGAGAAGGAAGUAACCGAGGUUGAGAAGAUGUUCUUCAAUACCAUGGAACAUGUGAAAGAUCGCGUUGGUUAUCUGGAAGACUAUAGUGCCAAGUGGAAUAAUUACAAGUCCCGUUUGUCUGAGUUGCAAGAAUGGGCAAACCGUGUAGCACCGAAGAGCAUUGAGGCCUUACAGUCGGAAGACCUCACACCAGAAGAGCGCGUAGUGAAGGUGAACGCAUUCAAGGGCGUACUUGGCGAACGUAUGAAACAACUGGAUAUUUUGGCUUCGGAUGCUGCCGAACUGGCGCCCAAAGAGGGUAACAUUGCUGAGGCUAAACGUCUUAAGGGUGAAAUUACCAAAUUACAAGAGGUGCUGAGCGCUAUCAACCGUAAUGUCGAUCAUCAAGCAAAGGCUGUGCAAGAGGAUCUGGUGAAUUGGCAACAGUAUCAAACUGGUUUGCAGCAAAUCAAGCCAGUUAUUGAGGAAAGUGAAAUCAAGGUAAAUACAAUAGUUCCUAAGCCCAUUACACUUGAAGAAGCCGUUGCAUUGCAACAAAAUGCCAAACAAUUCGAAACACAAUGCCUUGAGCAGUUAGACAGACUCCAAGGCAUUUCAAACAUUAGUCAUAAAAUGCUGUGCAAAACCAAUGCCCCUGACGAGUUAGAUGCCAUGCAUUCACGCUGGACAUCAGUUCAUGAAAAUGCCAAGCAAGCCAGUGGUAAGCUGGAAAAACUGGUCGCGAAUUGGAAAUCAUUCGAUGCCGAUGCAGCCAAACUCGAAGAUUGGGUCAACAAAGGCGAGCAAGUAAUGGGCAAACGUCCAGCUGUGCUCAAUACACCGCACGUUGAUAAGCUUGAGAAGGAACUCGUUAAACUGAAGUCGUUCAAUAAUGAAAUUUCUGAACAACAGGCGAAACUCGUCGCGCUCGGUCAGUCAGCCGAUCAGAUAAGCUUGCAUUUGGCGCCAGAAGGCGCAGUUGCGCUCAAAGAUCGCGUAAAUGGCAUGAAAGCCAAACUGCAAAAGCUCUCCGAGGCCACACGGGCCAAUAUCAACGAAGUGUCGGACGCAAUUAUUGCGCGUCAAGACUUCAACGCCAAAAUGGUAAACUUCUCCAACUGGAUGGAUCAGCUGCGUAAUCAAGUCGCACAAGUUGAGGAGAUUAAUCCAGAGCGCGUUGAGACCAGUCUGCAUGUAAUACAUGCGCUGAUGCAAGAGCAUGCCGACAAGAAACCCAGUUUCAAUGCCAUUUAUGAUGAAGUGAAGCAGCUGUCACUUUCAGCGCCGGCUGAAGAAGCUAAAUCCCUUAAUGAUUCAUACACCGGUUUAGUUGUUAACUAUCAGAAUCUCGAAACCAACUUGCAGCAGAAAAAGAUUGCGCUCGAAAAGUGGACAGAGAUUCUGGGCUGGAAGAAUGAAACCGAAAGUCAUCUGAAUUAUUUGAAACAUCAGCUAGAGAAACCUGAUGGUCCGCAGCCCGAAGAGCUUAAUAAGAUUAUCAAUGAAAUCGACACAAUUGGUAGCUCAAUAAGUUAUUGGAAAGCACAAGCCAAGGACAUCGAUGAAAGCCCCGCUAUUCAGUUGCGCGACGCUUUGACACGUAAACCAUUGAUUGCCUCACAGAUUGUUAACGAUAUCGAAAACAAAUUAGAUAAUCUUAAGCUGCGUUCUCAAGCACAAAAACAACAGGCUGAACAGAUGAAUGUACGCAAGGAGAAAUUCCAAACUCUCGGUCAAAAUUUCGGUCAAGCGUUGUUGGACAAUCGUGCUAAAUUGAAUAGCAUUCUUCAACAGAAACCCGGUUUGGAUAACAUUGACCAAAUAAUCGCCGAUUUAGUCGCGCUUAACGAAGUCAUUAAAGGACAAGCAGACAUGAAGAAUCGUCUACACGAUGAAGGUUCUAUACUGAUGCGUGAAGAUAUCGCCAGUAUGCCAGCCAUACAAGAGAGUCUUCUAUUCUUCGACAAAGAUUAUGACACGCUACAGAAUGAAAUCGCCGAACGCAUACAAAAGUAUAACUUGAUUAGUCAAGCGCUACGCGAAUACGCCGAUACCAAGGAUAAGUUCGCAAAAGAGUUGAAGAAGGCCGAGGAUCUCUUCAACGCUAUACCACAGCAACCACGCGACGAAGUGGAGUUGCAACAGGCCGCAGAAAAAACACGCAAGACUAUGGAGCAAAUACGUAAGUCCAAGACGAAUCUCGAUGAUUUAGAGCGUCGUGGUAAUAAUGUGGCGAAGCUAUUUGAUGCAAUCGGUGAGGUUGUGCCACAAGAAAUAGGCAAUGAUGUGAAGACAGCCAAACAACAAUGGCAAGAUCUCCACGAUAAGACUGCAAAGAACGCACAUAUCUACGAAACGGAAGCUGUUAUUUGGUCUCAGAUCGAAGAUGCUAAGAAAGAACUUUUACCAUGGUUAAGUGAAACCAAUCAAGGUUUAUGCGAUGCCGCUGAUAAUUCAAUCGAAAUCGAGUUUGGACCAAUGCGUCUAACUAAAUUCCAUGCGGAACUGCCUUCUUACCAAGUAUUGAAGGACACUAUUGCCGAGAAGAGUCGUGAGCUUGUGAAUAUUAACAAUGGCGUGGAGAUUCCAUCUCUUACCGAAUUGAAUAAACUGCUGACUGCACAGUUCCAAGAGGUCGAUUCGAAUGCGGCACGUUUGGAAGCUGUAACCUCUACCUUUAACGAGCAAGAACAAGAUUUGCGCAAGCGGAUCAAAAAUGCCGGCGAACAAGUUAACAAAUUGCGUGAACAGUUAAUCAAAUGCGAUGACAUGUCCGGAGAGCCGAACAAAAUCAUGGAACGAUUACUUAAAUGCCGGGAAUUGCGCGCCGAAUUAGACAAUAGUGCGAAUGAAAUUGACAAUAUCAAGCAACGAGUUGAUGAGAUGCGCUCGCAAUAUCCCACUUUCAGCGAGUCUAUCAUACCCAAAGAGCUGAACAAUGUGCAAAAGCGCUUCGAGGCUGUCGAUACACACGCCAAGAAGAUCGAGUCAUCACUUUUGCAAUUCCUUAAGAAAUUCCAUGCCGAUAAAGUGAGUAUGCUAAAGCGUAUAAUUGCUACCCAACGCGAAAAGGUCGCAUGGUGCCAACCAGAGUCGACGAGUGACAAAUACAAUUUGGAUGUGAAACGCUCGUCACUUUUGGAGGUGAGCAAAGCGAUUGAUGAUUGUCACAAGCGCAAUGCCGAUAUUGGCAAAUCUCUGGAACUACUAACAGCUGUGGAAUCGCCACAAAACCUGAAAGACCUGCAAAAGGACGCGCAAUUGUUGAACGGCGAAAUGAAAGCACUGCAAGACAGUUUCGAUAAAAUCAAAAAUGUGCUCGAUGAAAACGUAGAUUUAUGGUCGCAAUAUGAGCAAUCCAAUGAAGAGCUCUCCGCCUGGUUGCGUGAUGUUGAGGGACGCAUCAAAGCCGAGACUAGCAAUCAAGUCAAUGUGCCUGAAAUCGAGAAGAAAUUGCAAGAACUCGCAUUGUUACAACAGGAUAUUGCGGCACAUGAGCCGGUUGUGAAGAAUUUGGAGAAGACUUCGCAGUUGCUGAUGGAGAAAAAUCCUGAGGCACGCAUUAGCCAGUUUGUCACGCAUUUGUUGCAGCGCUACCAGACUGUGGCGAAAAGCUUGGCCGGCUACGUUGACAAAGUGCAUAAUGCCCAACGUGCGAAUAACAAUUUCCUAACUGCCACUAAAGAAUUCAAUGAUUGGCUGUCUGAUGCCAAGAUUGAAUUCCAGGAAUUGGCGCGUAUGGGUUCGCCCGGCUCAUCUUCGGCCACUGCACAGCAAUUGCAGACAAUUAAGAAUUACUUGCAGACCUUCGAUAAUGGACAAAUUCUAUUGAAUAAUGCUGUGGAUAUCGGCGAAGCAUUGUAUCCCAUUGUAAUACCGGAGUAUCGCGAGAAGAUACGUGCGGAAUUACGUAAUGAACGCGAGAACUAUGACUAUUUGCGUGACGAGGCGAAUGCGCUUUUACAACAGGUGGAGGCAGUAUUGAUACAGAAGACAUCCAUUGAAGAGAGUUACACACAAGUAUCACACUAUCUCAAUGAAUCCAAAGCCAAGGUGGCGGCUGCUGACGAGCUCUAUCCCACAUUGGCGGCUAAGAAGAGUGCUCUGCAGAAUUACAAGACACAGUUGCAAGAGAUUACUUUACAUAAGAAUGCACUUAAACAGUUACAUGACAAGGCUGUGACACUAUGCGAUGAUGAAUCCGAACGCAAGACCGAAGAGUCUAUUGAAGAGUAUAAUGGUUUGUCGAAGAAGAUCGCCGACCGCAUCAAUGUGGUUGGUAACCAGGUUGUUAAACAUGAGGCGUACGAUCAGGUGUUGGAGAAAGCACAAGAUUGGCUUAAUACCAUCAAAUCUGAAGCCAUUGACAUUUUAAAUGAGACAACUUUCGAAAAGGAAGGCGCAGAAGAGAAGUUGACUGUUGUUGAAAAUCUAUUGCAACAUAAGCCUGAAGGUGACUCCAUAUUCGAUACAUGCCAACAACUAUUACAAACAGUGCUAACACAAACACAUCCCAGUGGUCAUCCUGCUUUGCUACGCAGCUUUGAAGAACCCAAGAAAGCGUGGGUAGACUUCAUGACACUCUGUCAAGACUCGCUCGUCAAGUUGAAACAGCUGUGCUCUAAAUGGGAUGAGUUCGAGUCGAUUAUCGAUGAGAUCGAUAACUGGAUGAAGGACGUUGAGAAUGUUGUGAAGAACCAGAGUCUGAAAAGUACGGCCGGAACGAAAAAAGCACAUUUGGCACAAUUACAAAACAUCGCCAAAGAUAUUGAACAACGUGCAACGUCCAUUAAUGAUCUACUCGAUCAAGGUCGUGAAAUUGAAGGUGAAACCGAUUUGAAUCUUAAAUUAUCGCGCUUAAAUACACGCUAUCAAACUUUGAAGAAUCUCUGUAAGGAAUCUAUUGCGAAGUAUGUCAACUACGCAAAAGAUCACGAAACAUUUGAUACUGAUUAUGAGGUUUUCAAAAAGGAUCUACAACAGUGUGUGGAAGAAUUGGUACAAAAUAGUGAGAUUGUUGGUGACCAAAAUGUUUUGCAAGAUCGCCAAAACAAAUUGCGUGAGAUGGCGGAUAAACGUAUCAACGACUCUACCGCAUUCGAGAGCUUGGUGGAUCGUGGCGAAAAACUGUACGGACAUACAAGCCCCGAUGGUCGCGAGAUCAUACGCCAGCAAUUACGUACGCUGCGUACCAUGUGGGACAACUACUCCGAUGAUUUGAAUGGGGCCACACAAAAGAUCGAUCAAUGUCUGCAACAGUUCAACGACUUCAAUAUUGCCAGAGACCAAUUGGCCAAGUGGCUAAAGGAUGUGGACAAAGCAAUGCAAAGCCACACCGAGCCAAAGACCACACUACAAGAAAAGCGCGCACAACUCCAGAACCACAAGUUACUCCACCAGGAAAUCACCACUCACAAUGUGCUGGUGGAUAGUGUGUGCGACAAAGCGCAGAUCUUGAUUGAUCAAAUCAACGACAAUACACUAAACGUUUACCUCCAAUCACUUAAACAAAUUUUCAAUGGCAUUGUGGAAAAAUCAGAAGUAAUUCUAAACAAUUUGGAGAAAUGCGUGCAAGAGCACACCGAGUUAAACACACAAGUGACCGCCGCUAAGGCUUGGAUAUCUGGCGAGAAAGAGAAGCUGUUGGAAUGUGACGAUGCCUAUGGCGAAAAGGCUGACAUUAAGCGUAAGAUUGAGACCUUGGUGCAGUUGGCACAGAACAAGCCACAAGCACAAAAGAUAGUCGAUGGUAUACGUCAGCAGUUCGAUAAGGUUAAGGCUAACACUUCAGAAAAGGGUAAUGAGAUCUUAGCGAAAGAAAUCGAUGAACUUGAAACAACCAUAAAGAGUCACUUCGAUGACAUCGAAGGCAUCGAAGGCAAGCAGCGAGAUGUGCUGCAACAAUGGAAUGACUUCGAGAGUAAACUUGAAGAAUUGACGAAGUGGUGUCGCCAAGCCGAAGGCGUUUUCCGUGAACAACAAUUGAAAUCAACACUACACGAGAAGGUCGAACAAUUCGAGAAAUAUAAAAUACAACGAGAUCUCAUUUUGCAAAAAGAGAAGGAAAUUGAUGCUUUUGCUGAUGCGGCACAUGCGUUGUUGAAUAAUUGCGGCGCCGAACGAUUGAAGACACUAACUAUACAGAUCACAAAUCGUUAUCAACUGUUGCAAGUGUUGAGCAAGGAGGUUGUCAAUCGCUGGUCGAAUUUGGUGGACGACCAUCAAAUAUAUCAAGACAAAUACAAUGAAGUUGAUCUUUGGCUCCAACCAAUCGAACAUCAACUGGAGAAUGCUUUGAAAAACGAGCCUUCACAAGCCGCUAACAUUUUGCAAGUUCUACUUUCUGAAAAAGAACAAGCUGAAACCUUAUUUAGCGCAUUAAAUGCCGCCGGUGAAAAGGCAUUGCCCGAAACAUCGACUGAGGGUCGGGAGAAGAUACGUAAAGACCUGCGUGACAUACACGAGCGUUGGGAUAAAUUGGACGAAGGCAUACGCAAUCUGCAGAAACGCCAGGAAGCACAAAGUGUGCAGCUGUCAAGCUACCAUGAUAUACUUGGUCAGACCGUCAACUGGUUGGAUCAAAUUGAAAAGGUACUGCAGAACGAGAAUCCCAGCACUUGGACGAGUGCUCAGGAAAUACGCUCCAAAUUGUACAAAUACAAAGCGACCACACAGGAUAUUAACUCGCAUAAACGCAUCAUUGAAGCUGUGAACGAAAAGGCUGCCGUGCUAUUAGAGGGCACAGUGCCAGCAAAUACCGCCGAGAUCAAGAAUGCCGUCGAUGAUAUUAACAAGCGAUAUGAGAAAGUAGCAGGUGAUUGCGCCAAACUGCUUGGUGAGCUCGAUGAAGCUUUCGAUGUGUAUCAACAGUUCAGUGAAUUGCAGAAGGCACAACAGGAUUAUCAAAAGAAUUUGUGGGAUCGUUUGACCGGCUAUUCGGAUUAUUCCGGCAAUAAGCCGGCUUUACAAGCGCGUCUAAGUAAGAUAUGUGAAAUUCAAGAUGCUUUACCCGAAGGUGUAGUUAAACUCCAAAAUCUGUCUACACAUAUUGAUGAGAAGGCCAAGCUGUUGCCGGCGCGUUCUAAAGAAGCGAUGUCAAGAGACCUGGCCAAUUUGCAUGCCGACUUCGAUAAGUUCAGCGCUGCUCUCAGCGAUGUGAAGAGCGGCCUGGAGAAUCGUCUGCAGCAAUGGAGCGAUUAUGAAGUGAACCUGGAUCGGUUGAUCAAUUGGUUGAGCGAAGCUGAGAAUGCGCUCAAGAAUUACAAUCCCAAGUCCACAAUGGAAGAGAAAGAAGAACAACUAAACCGCUUCCAAUCACUAAUGCAGAACUUGCGUCAAAAUGAAAUUGAAUUUGAGAAAAUGAAAGACGAUUCUUCGGAACUCAUUCAAAGUUCAGGUGAAACUAGAAUUGCCGUCAAUGUGCAACAAGUUACCUCACGCUUCCAGUCCAUACAAGCGACAACAAAAGAGAUUCUCAAGAAAUGUGAACAAUCUGUAUAUGAUCAUCAACAAUUCAAUGAGAAAUACAAGCAAUGUUCAGAUUUCCUAGCCAACGCUCAAGCGAAAUACGAUGAUUCCAGUGAUCUAUCGCAGGUGGGCUCUCGUGAUGAUCUCCUGAAGAAACAGACUGCAAUUCAAGAACUGUUGGCUCAACAGCCCAAUGCUUCAUUGAUGUUGAACAGCACCAUUGAAGCGGGUGAGAAGUGCUAUCCAUCCACGGCCACAGAAGGUCGUGAGGCCAUACGCGUGCAAUUGGCUGAGCUGCAAGAAGCUUUCGAUAAACUCUAUGACAAUGUAACAAUUACUUCGCGUAAGUUACAGGACAAGAUGUCCAAAUGGUCUGGUUUUGAUGAAAUCGCCGAGAAAUUGCAAAACUGGCUCAACGAAAUCGAGAAAACACUUCCAGCCGAUAUCGAAUUGAAAACAACUUUGGACGAGAAACGCGCCAAACUGCAAACAUACCGCGACAUCCUCAAUGAUCUCAAUAACCAUCAAGUUGAGGUGAAGAAUUUGCAAGAAAUCGCAAGCAACUUGCCAGAGCAAAAUGAUCAUGUUGACAAUAUUACCAAAGAAAUUGCCGAACAAUUCGCUAAGAUACAUAAGCGUGCACAGAACUUCGUGGAACGCUAUGAAGCAAUUGUGAGUGAUCAUCAACAAUACACUAAGGCCGUUAUGGAAGCACAGGAGUACAUUGAGGCCACACAUAACACCAUUGACUAUUGGGGUGAUUUGGAUUUGGAACAAGUUUCACUACAUACAAACUUGGAUCGUUUGAAGAACCUCAAAGACAGCUUGGCGGAUGAGUUCCCACGUGUCGAUCAAGUGCGUGCACUUGGUGAGAAGGUUAUACCUGGCACUGUCGAGAGUGGACAGACAAACAUCAAGUCACAAAUCGAUACCACACAACAAGAGUGGGAAGGUCUAAUCGCAGCUAUUACAUCAACCAUUGAAGCUAUAGAAAAUCGCUUACAACAGUGGGCGGAAUAUGAACAAUUGCGCGAUCAGUGCUUGGCUUGGAUAAGAGAAUCGGACAACAAGUUACAUGCUAUUGAUCUCAAGCCAACGCUCGAUGAAAAGAAGACUCAGUUGGAAGCAUUAAAGAACUUGCAAGGUGAAAUGCGUGCUAAGGAACUUGAAAUCGAUAGCGUGUCCGAGAAGGGUCAGCUCUUACUGAAGGGUGCCUCCAGCAUGCGCUCAUCUGGACCUGAAUUAACAACCAAGUAUCAGCAGAUAUUCCUCAAAGUCAAAGAACUGAAUAACCGUUGGCAACAGUAUGUUACCUCACAUCAGGAAUUCGACAACGCCGUCUCUGAAUGCGCCACAUGGAUUAAUGGCAUCAAAGACAAAUUGGAUUACUGCGCUGAUAUGUCUUCUAUGAGCCAAAAAGAGUUGGAUAAGAAGUUGGCCACCAUACAGGAUAUCUUACUAUUGAAGGAUGAAGGUUCUGUGAAGGUACUUAGUAUUGUUGAGUUGGCACAGAAUGUGCUUGCCAAUACUGCACCGACUGGCCACGAAGCGAUCAACAAGAAGCUGACAGAUCUACAAGAAUUGUGGUCCAAUAUUACAUUACGUAUCAUCGACGUAAAGGCCACCCUGGAUGACUCCAUAACUCAAUGGUCAGGAUUCUUGGAACAGGUACAAAAUGUACGCAAAUUCAAUGAAUGGCUUGAGAAUGUACUAAAAGAGCUCUCCGAAAAUCAAACUACAAUGCCUGAGAAGCGUGCGCAACUCGACCGCGUCAAGGCCACCGAAGAGAAGGUGCGUGUAGAGAAAAUCGAUGUUGAUGCACUGAAAGUACAGGCUAAAGAGAUGAUUGCUAGCGGACAACAAAGCCAAGCUGCGUUCCAAGCUCAAAAGGUAUUGGACAACUUUGACGAAUUAUAUGCUCGCAUACAGAAAUUGCUCUCUGAUCGUCAUGAUCAAUAUAGAGAUCAUCGUCUCUACAAGGAAGCUUAUGAUGAUUUGGUUAGCUGGAUUAGUCGUGCACGUGAGAAGUUCCCUGCUCUUAAGCAGAGCAGUCUAAGUGACAAAUUGGCCAUUGAGAAUGCUGUACAAGCCACAGAAGCCAUGUUAAACAAGCAGGCACAAGGUGAGCUAUUGGUCGAACAUUUGGUUCAUACUGGCGAAGUCGUAUUGACUAGUACAUCGCCACAGGGACAAGAAAUCAUUCGCAAUGACAUACGCGCUUUGCGAGACAGUUUCGAGUCACUCUUCCGUGAGAUCAAUCAACAAAAGGAAAGUUUGGAAGUCACUAUGGUGCAAUGGCGCGCCUACAAGGAUGAGUAUGAGCGCUUAAUUGAAUGGCUCCAACAAAUAGAUAUUCUCGUAAAGAAUCACAAGUUGAAUUUAGCGCCAAGCUUGCCAGAGAAAGAGAAACAAGCUGCUGAUAUGGCUGAAGUUUUGGCUCGUCUGGAGAAGGGCAAAGAAGAUAUUGAUAAAUUUAACGCCUCUUCAGCGGGAUUACUAAAAUCUCAUUUGGAGUCCUACGUCAACAACCAGCUAAGACACUUGAACUCAAUGUAUCAAGUUCAGGUCAAUCUUGCUAAGGAUGUGUUGAAGAAGGUUGAGACUAACCGCGAUCAACAUCGUGAAUAUAACGCGAACUUGAAGGCUGCGCAAGACUGGAUAAAUGACGCCAAGACUGCUAUACGUGAGGCUAGUGAAUCCUCCAGCGCAGGCUCGAAGGAGCUUUUGCAGAAACGGCUGGAAAAGAUACAGCAGUUGAUUAGCAAUCGUGAAAUUGGACAGAAUCUGGUACACACCGCGAUCAACAACGGCGAAAAGGUGGUCAGAAACACCCGUUCCGAUGGCCGUGAUACGAUUAACAGUGAAAUGAGAGAUUUGCAGAAUGAUUGGGAUAGGUUAGUUAAGAAAAUGUCUACCGCCAAGGUACAAUUGGAAACCAACCUACUACAAUGGGCCGACUAUAGCUCGAGCUACUCACAAUUACAACAAUGGAUUACGGAUCGUGAGAGUAAGUUGCAACAGGCUUGUGACCAGAAGGUUGUAAAGUCGAAACGUGGCCAACCUGGUCUCACAUCCGGUUUGAGUGAACGUAAAGCGAACCUACGGCAAACUAAUAAUAUUGUGCAAGAUAUAGUGUCCUUCGAACCAAUGAUACAAUCGGUGGCUUCGAAGGCAUCCGACCUACAACAGGGCGCGCCUGCCUCAGAAAUCUCAAACAAAUAUGAGACACUCACCAAACAAGCCAAGGAUCUGUAUGAAAAGCAAAAGACAACAAUCGACGAAUUCCAGGCGCUCAUUGAUGCGGGUAACGAAUUCGCUGCAUGGUUGCGUAGCUCUAAGGAGCGUUUAAGCAAGUGCUCAGAGCCUACUGGUGAUAAACAAGCGCUGGCUGAGAAAACACAUCAAUUGAAGAUUCUACAAAGUGAAGUGCCGGAAGGUAAAAAGAAACUGGAAGCUGUAGUAACGCAGGGUCAACGCGCUUCUCUCAAUGCUGAACAAGAAGAUCGCGAGAUCAUUGAAGAAGAAGUCGGUUUGUUGCAAGAAGAAUUCGACGCUUACGUAGAUGCACUCACAAAAGCCAAGGAUUAUUUGGAAGUAGGUAUUGUCAAGUGGUCAGAUUACCAAGAUCAAUACAGCGAAGCAUUGGAAUGGCUUACCAAAACCGAAGCGUUGGUGCAAUCCUACAACAAACUGCAAGACAGCUUGGCAAGUAAAAAGAUAGUGCUGGAAGAGUUCCAAGGCCACUUGCAAACACUUUUCGACUGGCAGAAAACUUUAGAUCACUUGAACAUGAAGGCACAAAUGCUGCUGGAGACCUGCUCGGACACACGUAUCAGUAAUGCCAUCAUGCAGUUGACAACCAAAUACAAUGCUUUACUUGCACUGGCCAAGGAAGUGAUGCGUCGUUUGGAGUUGCACUACCAAGAGCACCAACAGCAUCGCACUUUGUAUGAGGAAUGCCAAUCUUGGAUUGAGGCCACACGCGAGAAACUUGAAGAAUGUGCACAGAUACCUGGCACACUCAACGAGGUACAAAUCAAACUCAACACUGUUAAGAAUCUGCGUCAGGGCUUUGAGUCGGGUCAGAAUAAGCUACGUUAUCUACUCGAACUGAAAGAGAAGGUAAUCAUGAACACCGAACAGGGUGGCGCUACCAAAGUGCAAGAGGAUACUGAUACUCUGAAACAAGAUUUCGAUAAAUUGCUUGUCGACAUGAAUGACGUGCGUCAGAAACUGGCCAAUCGCCUGUCACAAUUGGAGGAAGUUUACAAACUACUUAAGCUGCUGACCGAAUGGCUUGAAGAUGUCGAACCGAGCGUUAAGACGAGCGACGAGUUCCUGAACGAUUUAAGUGAAAAGCGUGCCGCAUUGGAGAAAUUCCGUGCCAUACAACGUGACAUAAACGGUCACAACGAUAUUGUUGAGAAGAUUAACACACGCUUGAACGAAGAUAACAGUCUUGACCGUAAGGACUUCCGCGAUGGUCUCAGCAAAUAUGAGAACCUACAAGAGACCGUUGGCAAAAUCAUUGAGUCGCUCGAAAAUCAAGUCAAUAACCAUGACAAAUACAAGCAAGCCUUCAAUGAAAUACAAGAUUGGCUGCGUCGCACACGUAUUGAGAUCGAACAGUGCGCCGACUGUCAUGGUGAGAAGACGCAAGUAGAAGAGCGUCUCAAUAAAUUGGGUGAUAUUGGUGCUAGCAUGGUCGAGGGUAAAUCGCUGCUGGACGCCUGUGAAGAAUUGAGCCAAGCAGUGAUAGCCACAAGUGGUAAUGAAGGUCAAGAUACCGUCUCGCAAGAAAUCAAACAAUUGGUAGCCGAAUGGGAGGCACUGCAGGCAAUGGUGCGUGAUGCACGCUCCAAUUUGGAGACCUGUCUCGGUUUGUGGAAUGCAUUCUUGCAGAAUUUCAUUAAGAUUAACAAGUGGAUUGAAGAUGUUAGCCGACGUGUGGCGACCGCUGGCGAAGCUGAAAAUAAAACACCCGACGACUUGGCAUAUGCCAAGAAACUAUUGGAGGAAGUUGUAGCGGAGAAGGAUAAUGUCGAAGACCUAAACGAUGCCUGUGAAUUGCUCAUGGAACACAGCGCAUGCACCCGAGUUCGUGAUCAAACCGUGGAGACUCAGUCCAACUACACCAAACUGUUGACAAUAGCGCAAGGUCUCGUUUCCAAGAUCGAAAAGAAUCUCUCGGAUCACACCGAGUUCUUGAACUAUAAGAAGGAAAUGGACGCUUGGAUUGAGAAGGCGCAAGAAAUACUUGAUGGUUGCACUGUAGAUGGUGAUGUUAGCGAGAUCGCACAACAACUGGAGACAGUCAAUUCCCUAGCAUCACGCCUCCCCGAGGGUCAACAUCUGCUCGGUAUGGUACAGGAGGCGUACACGAAAGCAUCGAACAUAACACCCGAAGGCAAACAAGAGGUCUUGCGUGAGUUGAUGACUAAAGUACGUGAAGAUUGGGACGCAUUGGGACUCGCUGUCAAGCAGAAGUUGAGUGAUUUGAAGCAAGCACAGAACCGCUGGUCCGACUUUGCCAACAAUCGCGACAAGCUCGAGAAGUGGCUCGUCAGUACUGAGAACACACUCAAAUCUGUGCCCGACACUAAGGGUGAACUGAGCGAAAUGAAGACACUACUCGAACGCUACAAGACACUACAAAACGAAAUCAAACAGAAGGGCAUUGAUAUUGAGAAUCUAUUGGGCGAAGCCAAGGGCUUAGGUACCGAAGUGGAUGCUGUACACCAAAAGCAGACACGUUGGGAGAAAGUAAAGAACGAUUGCGCCGCCUACAUUAAGGGUUUGGAGAACGAAAUGGCCGACUACAAUGCCUAUCAUCAGAGCUUGCAGGAUAUCGAGAAAUGGCUGUUGCAAAUUUCCUUCCAACUGAUGGCACAUAAUUCGUUGUUCAUUUCGAAUCGCGAGCAAACCGAAGAACAAAUCAAACAACACGAAUCUUUAUUGGACGAAAUUCAAAAGUAUCAGUCCAACUUGGACGAUUUGAAUUCCAAGGGACAAGCACAAAUCAAGCGUUAUGAGCCGACAACACCAGCCAUACGCGACACUGUCGAGUCACAGCUUAAGAACAUACAGGACAGCUACAAUUCAUUGUUGCAGACCUCAGUACAGAUCAGGAAUCGCUUGCAUGAAUCCUUGGCCAAAUUCAAGGAAUACGAGGACACACUGGAUAGCAUAAUGCGCAAUUUGGAAGCCUAUGAACCGGUCAUACAAAAUGAGCUGGAUGCGCCCGCCACCAGUUUGGAGCUGGCGCAACAACAAUUGAAGUGUGCGCAGGACCUGCAAACUAAACUGAACAACGAAAAGUCCCGCCUCGCUGCCGCUGUGCAAGCUUGUGAAGCCGCCACCGCCUCCAUCAGCCGUCCCAGCUCGCCGCUGGAGUCAGCCAUGCAGACCAUACCCGAGCGUGAGCUCAUUGUGCGCGCUAAGCUGGAAGAUUUAUUGGAUCAGAUGCCGAGUAACCGAGCAGAGUACUCAAGCAACAUCGCCGCCAAAGCUGAUGUCGCACUUGAGUUACCACAGACCAAAGAUGCUCCGCUUGAUCCAGUGCGUUCCAAUAGCGAGCGUGUAACUAAGCUUAAUGCUUUAAUCACUAAGGUGCAAUCCCACUUGGGUGGAUUGACCGCUUCAGUGAGUGAAUUAGAGCAACAACAGAAACAACGCGCCGAGCUCCAAGAUUGGGUUAAGAAACAGGAAACAACUGUUAGUGAUUGGCUAACGCGACCAUGCAAGUUGCGUCCGGAAGCAGCUAAGCAAGAGUUGGUGGCCAUGAAUGACUUGUUGAAUUCGAUUGGUGAUAAGCGUUCACAACUGAUGUUGGAGAUGACAGGAUCAUUGGCCGAUGACGACACCGAUCUCGACGACAACCUCGACAAACUCGAGUCCGAGUUAAUGAACGCAAUUGCUAAGAAGCAAGCAGGACAGAAUGAUAUCGAUAGCUAUCGUCAAGGUGUACAGGACGUACAAAACUGGUUUGAUUCGCUUAUCAAACGUAUGGAUGUAUUGGACAAAGGUUCCGGUUUGAAUUGUGCCCAGAAAAAGGCUGCCAUCAAUGAAAUCAAGAAAGAGUUUGAAGAACAAGGUCCGAAUAAAAUCCAAGAGCUGAAGGGCAAAGCAGCACAAGUUGCAGAGGCUAUUAGCAAUUUGGAUGGUCAACAGGUGGAAGAACAGAUGAAAUCACUGGAUCGCCGUUAUGCGGAUCUCGGGAAACGCAUCGAUCGUAAGUCACAGCUACUUGACGUUACCAAUAAGGGCGUUGAUGGCGCUAAGGGUGAAAUAGAACAGUUACAUAACUGGGUUAAGGACAAGAUACAAGAGUUGCAAACACCCACUGCAAUGGGUUAUGAACCAAAAGCAGCUGAGGCACGCCAACAAGCUAUUAAGGGCAUUAUGAAGGAAGCCGAAGCGAAGAAGUCACAAGCUGACGCUUUGGAGAAACGUAUUGCCAAUAUGCAACCCGAACUUGAGCCAGUCGAAUACGCACAACUCGAGUCGGCGCUGCGUCAAUUGAACUCCGAGCAAAAGAAUCUAUCUGAGGUGCUCAAGAGCGAAUUAGAUCGCGCGCUGGAUGCGUCUAAGGCACGUAAAGCGUUGGAGGUUGAUUUAGAGAAGGCACGCGCUUGGUUGAAAUCGAAGAUUGCCGAAGUACGGAAAUUGCCUGUGUAUCACCCACUGCCAUCGUCCGAAAUCGAGAAGAAAAUACAAGAGAACAAGAAGUACGAUGAUGAAGCAAAACAAUUCAAUGAUUCGGUGCUGAGCGACGUACAACGACAAGCGGCGAAUAUAAUGAAGGACUGUCCGGAAGCAGAUAGAGCAGCUUUGCAGAAAAUUCUCGAUGAAAUAGCUGGCGAUUAUCAAACCCUAAAGGAUGAGAGUGGAAAGCGUGCUAAAGCUUUAAGCGAUCUAUUGCAGGGACGUAAAUCAUUCGAGGAUGCUAUGAAGAAUAUGAGCGAUUGGUUGAAUGAGAUGGAAACCGCCACCGCUGGUGAAUUGCGUACAACCAGUGUACCCGUGUUGGAAGAACAAAUGGCUCACUACAAAAAAUUGCUAGAGGAUGCCGAAAGCAAGGCUGACUUAAUGAACAAUGUGGCCGACCAAGGCAAAGGUAUUUUGCCCACGCUAAACAAUCCGGAUAAGUUGAAACUAAACGACGAUAUCAAAAACUUGAAGGAUCGUUACGGUAAAGUGACACAGAACAUUAAGGAUCGCGUAAAUACGCUCUCCGAUCAUAUCAAGAAAUACAAGGAUGCCAAGGGUAAAUUGGCUGACUGCAUGCAGUUCCUCAACACCAUACAGCAACGUUUGCGUGAGCUCAAUAAACCAAUCGGCUCAAAGAUCGAAGACGUACAAGAUUUACUGGGUGCAUACGAGGGUAUACUGAAGGAACUCAAGGAUAGCAAGAACAAAAUGGGUGACAUACAAAUGGAUGAUCUACCCGAGUUGCAGAGUAUACUACAGCAACAAGAUGAUAUGAUUAAAUUGAUUGAGGAUCAAUUGGCUCAUCUGCGUCAAUUACUGCUGCUACGUGAGCAAUUCAUUGCGCUUAUCAAUGAGAUUAUCGCUUUCAUCAUGAAGUACACUGAUGUCAUAAUCGAUAUUGAGAAUUCGCCCGAUAGCUUGGAGGACAAAAUCAACAAGUACGACGAUGUUAUUGUCAAGAUUCAAGAAUGUGAGGGUCUGUUGGCUUCUGCUACCGAUAAGGGUCAGAAGAUCGCAUCGGAGGGUUCUGCCGCUGACAAGAACAGCAUCACUGAACAAUUGCAAUCGCUGAAGAAUCAACUACAGAACCUGCGCAAAGCAGUCGAGUCACAACGUCAAAAACAUCAAGUACAACUCGAACACCAUCGCAAAAUGGCUGCCGAACUCUCAGAAAUUCUUGAUUGGUUGCAUAAUAAUGAAGCGUCUGCCAAGUCACGUCCCCUAUUAGAUCGUGAUCCCGAAUCUGUAGAACAUGAAAUUCAAAAACAUCACAAACUACGCAACGAAAUUCAGGGAUAUCUCGAUAAAUUCGACAAAAUCAAUGCUAGCGUCAAAACAGAGGUCGGCAUGCCUGGCUCGCUGGUUGAAAUGCUUUCCGAAGGUCGUUCAUUAGUCUCCUCACUGCCACAAGAGCUUGAAGAUCGCGAGAAGUACUUGAUCAACAAUCGCGAUUCACGUCUUGAAUACAUGAAAUUGGUGGCUAAAUUCAAUGAUUGGGUGCACGAAGCUGAGACACGCCUACAAAAUAGCCAACAUGGCAUCGACUAUGAAAAUCUCGUACAAGACUUGGAAGAACAUAAAAUCUUCUUCGGCAAUGAGACGCCAAUUAAGAAUUUGGUGCAUAAACAAAUUCAAGAAGCCGCCGAUAAGAUUUGGCCCUCGCUGAGCAGCUUCGAACAGUCGGAAUUGUCACGCGAAUUGGCCCAACAUCAAACUAAAUUGGCCAACACCAUUGCAACAGCCAAAUCGCAGCAAGGCGAAUUGGAGAAAGAGGUCGAACGUUGGCGUGAAUACCAGCAGUCAGUGGAGCGCGUCAAAGCAACCAUUGAACGCAGCAAGUUCAGCGAUGAACCCGUACAGAAUCUGGCUGGCCUGCAUUUCAACAUACAGAAAUUGACGCACGCUAUCGGCAAUGUGCAGAGCCAAACUAGUGACAUCACACUCGCCAAUCAGCAGGCGCAGGGACUAAUACGUCAAGCCGACGCACGCAAUCGUCAGCUGAUUGAACAGAAUAACGCCGAAUUGAAUCGUUUGUGGAACGAAUUGUUGAAAGGACUCGAGACUCGGCGCGAUUCGUUGCAGAGCAUUGCUGAACGUUGGGACGAAUUUGAGAAUCACUUGCAUAGCUGGGAGAAGGCAAUUAGCCGCUUGGAAGAUAAAUUCCGCAAUGUCGACCCAGUAGUUAGGUCGCGACGUCAUUUGGAAGAUACAAAGAAUGCCAUCCAGGAAAUACUCGCCGAAUCUGAAGAACUUAAAUCAUCACAUAAAGAGAUUGAGGCGCUCUCAAAAUCAAUCGUCACAUUCCUUGGGGAAGUUCACCAACCCACAUCGCAGGCCCUACAGGCCAAAGUGGAUAACUUAGUACAGCAGCAAACAAAAUUAAACGACACCUUACGCGAGAAGGAUCGUCAAGUUGGUAAGGAUCUGGAAGAGAUCGAAACGGUCUUCCAUCGCAUCUCAGAGUUGCAAGAUAAAUUCAACGCCCUACUCGAGCAGAUACAAGAAGUGCAUACUUUUGACGAGCAUAUUGACGCCAUUGAAAAGUCUUUGAACGAUUUGCAGCAACAAGUUGGCAAGGCAGUUGCGGAGAGUACCCAACUGAUUGUCGAAACCAAGGAAAACUAUUUGCAGAAACAAAAUCUGGUACCAAGUGAUAUAGCACAGGAGUUCACAGCACUAGAGUUGCUCUCCGAGCGUGUACAAGGCGCCAUGGAAACCAAACAGAAAGAAUUCAAACGUGCCAAGACUGUACGCACCGAAUACCUGAGCGGCGUCGAUGAGAUCCAAAGAUGGCUGCGACAGGCGGAGGUACAAGUGCAAGAUCGUACACUAGCACCCGCACAAAUGAAAGAACUACUGCAUCGUAUCAAUCAGGAAAUAGCCGGCAUUUAUGAACGUUUCACAAUGGUCAAGACAAAUGGACAGCUGAUUAUCGACAAUUGUCGCAACAGUAAUGAAAAAUUGCUGGUACAAUCGACGAUCGAUCAGUUGGCACAGGAAUUGGGACAAGUACGCGCGUGGUUGGAUGAGAAGAAACAACAAGUGGGCGAUAGUUUAGAUGCAUGGACGAGAUUUAUGAAUCUGUAUCAAAUUGUGAUGGCGUGGGUGGCGGAAAAACGUACCUUCCUCGAUCAGACAAUCGAACUGCGUACACUGCCCGAAGCGCGCAACAAACUCAAUGACUAUGUAGUGGCUGUGAAGAGCAUUAAACCGAUCGUGAAGCAUUUGAGUGAAAUGGACAAGGAACUGGAACACAUUGGACAAGUGACGACUGUGGGCGAUCUCAAGGACAAACUGCAAGAGGCUGAAGAUGCCAAGGUUUCCGUGGAAGCGGUGCUGCUGGAAAGGAAUUCCCUGCUACAAGAAGCCUGCGAAGAAUGGGAUCAAUGCGAACGCAAAAUUAAGGACAUACGCGGCUGGAUAGAUAAGACGAAACAAUCGUUGGACUCACCACAACACAAGAAGAAACCGCUGCGCGAUCAACUGGGCUACUGUGAGAAAACAUUGGCGGACAUUAAUGUACAGAAGACCAAACUGCGUCUAUCUAUCGAAAAAUUAGAGGUGCACUUCCGCAAUGGUAUGGGUGGCGAUCCGCGCCUUAGCGAGAAUGUUGAUGAUUUGCUGAAGGUCUUGGACGGACUGGCGGAAUUGGUGCGCACCAAAACCACUAGUCUGGAAGAGACGCUCAGCCAGAUCGACAUCUAUCAGCAACAGAUGCAAACAUUGCGUCAGAAGAUCAUACAAGAGGAGCAACAAUUGCGUCUCGUUAUGGCGCCCACGUAUCUGCCACACGAUCGUGAGCGUGCAUUAGCAGAGCAACAGGCACUGCGUACAUCUAUUGAUGACAUGCAACAGAAAUACGAUGGGAUCGCAGCCUUAUCGUACACGCUGGAUCCGCAUUCCGUUGUUACCACAUCAUCGGCUGUGUCCAUGCUAUUGAAGCCAUCCAAAUUAGGCUUAUCCUAUGCGGAGGUGCUCUCCGGACACUCAAGUCCUGUUAGCUUCGCACAAACGGAAAGUGUUUUGCACAAGAGUAAAGUACAAAAUGCCAAACUAGAGAACAGUAAUGUUAAAAGAACCAACAGCAGCAACACCACAACCAUGUUUACCACCACCACCACGACCACCACAAAUAAUAGAGUAAAUAAUGCCGAAGCGCAGCCAGAGGCUGUGAGCCAUGCGCCGCAGAGCGUACAAGAAUUUGAACCUCAGCAAUAUGAAACCACAAUUACAACAACAACGCAAGAAUUGCAAACAGUGGAGCCGCAAAAUGAUAGCAUUGACACGCUGACGGCGCAAACAAUAACAACGACCGAGCCGCAAGUGCAGCGCACGCAAAAUGAGUAUGUGAAUGAAAGCGGACAACACGUCGUAGAGACGCGCACGAUAACAACGCGCACAACAACGCAACAUGUUACGGAUAGCGCCGCGCAACAGCGCGGUGAGUUGCAAGCGCCAACGGUAAGUGCGUGGCUUGAAGCGCCCGCAGAAGGGCAUGAAGAAAUUGCCUAUGAGCAGCGCACGCCCCAACCUGCGGCACGUCAGCCACAACAGCAAUUGCACGCGCCACGCGAACAACGCCGCGGUCGUUCGCCGCGUCGUCGGCAACAGCACGACGAAGCGCAACAAUACGCGCCAACAACGACGCAACACUCAACGCGCGAGCAACGCGAUGCGCAUACACAUUAUACGACUACAACAACAGCGACGCGCACGCACACACAACAUACAAGACAACAACCAGCCGCACAGCAACAAGAGCAGCGAACACAUUUGCUUGCGCCCACGCAAGAACGUAUGCGUUCGCGUAGCCCCAUAUGGGCACCGGGUUCGACUUCAUACGCGGAAGUAUUGCGGGGCAUUGAAUUGGAACGUCAGCGAGCUGCGACUGCUGAGCGAAAACGCGCACAAAGUGGCAGCAACACAGUUAUUACCACGAAAACGACCACAACUAGUGACUACGUGACGCCAGCGCAGGCGCAUGCGUCAACGCAGCCACAGCAGUCAGCACAAGAACCACAAGUGCAGCAAGAACUGCCAGCGGUCGACACUUUCAUACAAACACACACAAAUAUCGUGGAAUAUCAGCAGCCGGCGUACGAUACGCCUAGCCAAACGAACGAUAUAAGCGCUGAUUAUGCAAAUGUUGUGACCACUUUGAGUCCCGACGUGCCACAGACGACUCCAUUAGCAAGCGCUUUUGUUGAACCAGUCACUGUGCCAAGCCCUUACGAUGCCGUACUGAGCGCAAAUACUUAUGUUGACACGGUUUCUUUAGCAACUUCGGUGCCCAGCACUUACGUGGACUCAGUUUCAUUACCGAGUAGCUAUAUUGAGCGGCCCGUCUCAGCAGGCAAUACGCCAAUGACCGCCGCGGAAAUACAAGCUGCUUACCUACAGCCCGAUCCGCAGCUCUAUCAGAGCAUGUAUGAAAAUAUGGCCGAUGCCGGUCAGUGGGGCUAUGCAGCAGUGCCCGAGGCACAACAAGUUGUACAGCCUGAUCAAUCGACAGCCUCUCAAAAUUAUUAUGAACAGAUUAUACAAAUGCAAUAUCCCCAAGGCACGUCGGCACAAACGACCUACACGCAGUAUCAGUAUCAGCCGACGGCUACGCAAUAUCAAUUAAUGGCCGGUUACUAUCCCACAGAGCCACAACAAACUGAAUCGUAUCAAACGGUUUAUGCGCCCACUGCCGACCAAACUCAGUUGUAUUAUCAACAAGAAUCAACCAAACCUUAUCAAGAGUUACAAAGUGUGGCUUACGAUACACAGCCACAGGAAUAUUUGACCGACUAUCAGCCGACUCAAAUAAAUCAAAGUGUUAUCGAUCAAGUAGUAACUACGCUUGCGUCGAUUGUACAAAAUGUUACAACGACUCAAACGCAUGCUGUCAAUUCACAGCAACAACAUGUACCGGAGUCAGUGCAACACUUUGAACAAUCAACGCCGCUGCAACCGUUUAGCGAGACGGUGCCUACUUAUGAACAGGCAACCACCGGUCCACCAUCCUACGAACAAACCCAACAUACACAAUUGUAUGAACCGGAAUCGAUUGAAGUCGAUGAACCGCGGCCUGACAUAACUUUUGGUCAAUUUGAAAUGAAUGAAAUUGAGUCGAUUCCCGCCGAGAUUGUGGAUACUCCACAAGCACCACAACAGGUCUUGGAACCAGCGCCUAUUUCAGAGUUGGUCUUUGUGCCAGAAGCGCCUUACUCGGCGCCUUUACAACCAAUGGAAAGUGUGUCUCCACAGGAGGCAGUAUCCACACUAGUAACCCCAAGUCCCACAAAGUCUAAAACGCAGGAAAUACCCAAAACAGAUCCUAACCAGUUCACGACUUAUGCUGAAGUACUAUUUGGUAUACAUCAUGGUGGAAGUAAUGUUUUCCAGCCAUCCAGUCAAAAGCUACAGCAACAGCAAACGCAAAUCCGCAUUACAGCAACCAAACAUGAUUCAAAUACAAAUAGAAGCCAGCAACAAAAACUGACAACCAAAACUGCAACGACAACUACAACGACAUAUGCGACCACGACAUCGAACAAUAAUAAUAGACGACCGCUAAAGUCUCCUUCUCGGAAUGCACCAGCAGUUCAGAGAAGAGAAGACACGGCAGCUGUCGCCGUGGCACCGGUGCCACAUCCACGUAAAGAACAACGACCACAAAAAGGUCAACGGACGGAUUCGAAAUCGCGACAUCAUAAUGGAUCGCCACCAACAACGCACAGAGAGGUGGAGGUUCGACAAACGCACGAUAAACAUGAAAAGCACGAAAAACAUGAUAAGCAUAUAAAAUCUGUGGAAGAAACCACUGUAAAUGUAACUAGCAAAUCACACAAGGAUUCGAAGCAUGCACGCGAUAGUAAGAAGGUGAAACAGGCUGAAGUUGUUUCUGAAAUUCAUGGAGAGACCACAGUAGCCGCUGAACCAGCUGUUCCUGUGGGAAGGACAGAUACAACCAAGCAGCAAGUUAAACCUCCUAUCGACGUAGUGAAUAAUAAUGAGUCGGAGAAGAAACCAGCCAAACCCAAAAGACAAAAGAAACAUAAGCAUUCAGGUGAAAUAGAAGAGCCUGUGGAAAAGAAAGAAAAAUCAGAAACAAUUAUAGCGAAGGAAGUUGUCAAAGUUAGCCCCGCUGCUGAAAAAGUUCCUGUUACUGCUGAGAAGUCAGCGAUUUCGGCAGAAAAAGUAGUUCCUAUUGAAAAUAUCGUUCCUCCUAGUGAAAAAGUGGAUGUUCUGAAGUCGAGCACAAUUGACUUUAUUGCAUCCGAAAGUCUGAAAGACACGCCGGCCAAACCUGCGAGAAAGGAAAAGUCCAAAUCACAGCGUAAAAAUUCACCGGUCGAGGCGAUUUCUACAAGUGAAGUCGCCGAUGCACCAGUAAUUUCCGAAUCCACCAAGGUCAUAACAGAAAAUGGAGGAUCUACCACAACUACAGUCACAACCACAACGAUAACUAAACGCAUUACAAAGCGUAUUAUUACAAGAAUCAUUGACGGAAAGGAAGUUGUGAUCGAAGAGGAUGUAGUUGAUGAUGAACCCACAGUCGGGACGGAAGUUGCAAUCAAAGAGGUGGUUGCAGAACCUGAAGAAAGAGUCACCACCGAAGUAAUUGACCAUAAAGAAAAGACGCAAAAACCUAUAAAGAAGGAUAGGAAGAAGUCUAAGAGUCCCAAAGAAGAACUUAGGGUAACACCAGAACAAACAGUUAUUACUACCGAGGCCACAAGCACACCAUUGAUUGAAGUCAAACCAAAAGAGGAGCAGAAGCCUGUAACUGAGAAAGUUAUUGAAGCUGCAGAGAACAAAGCAGCUAAAAAGAAGGAUAAGAAAAAGCCAAAGGAGCCGAAAGAACACGCUACCGUUGAAAAACUUUCGACGACAAAGGAAGAUACCGUUGCGCAAGUUUCAGAGACGUUGGUGAUUCAUGAAAAACAGCACUUGGCUGCGGAACCUAUUACACAAUUGCCGGUAGAAACCCUCGAAAAUGUUACAUCAAGUAUUACCCAAUUCAUAAACGUCGAAAGAGAAAAAUCGGAAAAACCAACGAAAAAAGACAAGAGAAAGACAAAGGGCCAAAAUGAACUCAAGGAAAUCUCAGUUCCGAAAACGUCUGAAACUGAGAAGGUGAUAGAUAAAAACCCAGCCAGUUUUCAGGAGGAGAAAAUUGAGAAAACAGACACAUUAACUGCAACAAAAAUAGUUUCGAAUGAGCACGCUAUAACAGAAAGCUCUGUGGACAUUUUAACUGAGGUUAAAGAGAACUCAGUACCGGCACCAAUUGAAGAGAUUGGCUCUGAAACUCUGACUGAAGUCAUUGAAGGUGUUAAAAAACCCCCACUAGUUGAAGAGACCACAAUUGUUAAAGAAUCGACACCCGAAUCAGUCAUCGAAAUUCCAGUUGUUCCAGAAUCUAUACCGCAACCGGUUGUGGAAAUUACCACCAUUGUUCAAGAAACUCCAAUUGUUAAACAACCUUCAUCAGAAACUGUCGCCGAAACCCCAGUAGUUUCAGAAUCUACAUCUCAAACUGUUGUAGAAAUUACCACCACUGUUCAAGAGAACCCAAUUGUUGAAGUGUCUACUUCCAAAACUGUUGUGGAAACUAUUACAGCUAUUCAAGAAAACCCGAUUGUUACAGAGACUAUCGUUGAACCAAUGGAGGAAAACAUUGAUGUCAAAUCUGUACAAUCUACUGUAGUCGAAGGAGAAUUAAUAGCAGAAAUUCCUCAAACAGUUCCAGAACAACCCAAUCUUACAACAAGUAUACAUGAUUUCAUUGCUGCUGAAAAGCAGGCGACAGACAAAUCUCCGAAAAUUCAAAAGAAAGAUAAGAAAAAUAAAAAGGACAAGAAGAAAUCAGAGGAAGCAAGUGCCCCCAUUGAUGAGUGCACCGACACUGUUGAAACUAUUGAGACACCUCUAGAAACCAUAAUAAGCGGUGAAGAAAUUUCUUCAACCGACGGUUAUGCCACGUCGAUUAUUAAGACUACAACAAGGAAAACCUCGACCUUAACUACCCGUACAAAAAUAAUUAGAAUAAUUGAUGGAAAGGAGGAAAUUGUUGAAGAAAACGAAACCACACAGGAAACGCCAAACGAAUCUGUUGAGCACACCAUCAAUAUUGUUGAGGGCAAACCGGUAGCUCACGAUAUUGAACAAAUAAUACAGAAUGUUAAUGAACAUCAACCUGAUGCACAAAUUGUUAACAUCACGGAAGAUGAGCCAAAAGUCGAAACCUAUUCUAGAACUACCAGUGACGGUAAUAUAACCAAAACGACGACUGUAAUUAAGCGUAGAAUUAUUACAAAAAUUAUUGAUGGAAAAGAAGUGCUCAUUGAUGAAGGUGAAGAUGUAAGCCCAGUUGUAGAGCGAGUGAGUGUGGUAGAAAAUCAACCAGCAUUUAUUAAGGAAACCAUGAUUUCGCCUGUCAUCGAAAACACACCGAUAGAACCAAUUAUUAUAGACGAACCAGUGCAAGCGCCAGUUGUAGAGUCCGUUGAUGUAGUUGUCGAAGACAACAUAUCAACUAGUGUCACCGAUUUCAUCAGCGCUGAAAAGCAAAAAACUGAUAAACCACAAAAACCUGCUAAAAAAGACAAGAAAGAGAAAAAGAAAGCCAAACCCGAAAAGCAGGUGCAGGCAACAGUUAUCGAUACAUUUGUGUCGGAAGAGAAUAUCUCAGCCACAAAUGCACCGGUUACGAAGGUUGAGGUACCACCAGUUGAGUCAGUCGAGAAGCGUCUGGAAGAGACGGCGACGGAGCCUACGGUGGAACCCACAGUUCCUGCAGAAAAGCCAAUGAAACGUGUUGCUUUCGCUAUAGAUGUUGAACCGGUUGAAACAAAUGUGGAAGUUACUCUACCCGUUCCUAAGGAACGAACAGAUAUCAAAACUUUGACAAACGACUUUUUGAGCGGCGAAAAACAAACACAACAACCAAUUGUACAGAAAGUCGCCGAAAUUACAAUUACAGAGCCACAGCCUCUUUUAGAAACCACAGAGCCCCUGAAUGAAAUAAGUGCAAUACCAAACAGAACAGAAAAAGAAACUACACUAGACGAUAAUGAAGUCGUAAAGACCACGACGGUUCGUAAGACCAAAUUUGUUAAGAAAAUAACACAGAAGAAACAAGAAUCGCCUGAGCCGCAAAACGUGCCGACGCCACCAGAGAAUAUUGACGUGGCAGAGGAAGCGAGGGAGGAGCCCACAAUUGAGAAAUCCGAAUCGAUUGUGCGUGAAGUAGCAGACAGUGGUGUCGUAAAAACGACGACCGUACGUACAAUGAGCAUCAAGUCACAGAAUGUCAACGAAAGUGAAGUCUCCGAGGCCACAGAAGAAGUGGCAGAAAAGGAAACAACACCAAUACCCACAACAGCAGAAGAAGAAAAGAUCUCGAAAGUAGAUACAACUGAGACUUUAACAAUCGGCGAUGUACCAACUAUAGACAAACAAAAACUUACAUCAGUUGAAACGGAUGAAACGUACAGCGGUGAGGUUAUUAAGACAAUUCGUGUGCGCAAAACGAAAACUGUGAAAAAGAUUACACAAAACGUGGAAGAAUCCACGACGGAAAAACUUAGCACGGAUGUUGCGGCAAAAGAGGAUACUGAGGGUCAAUUAUUAGCUGAAGAGCCCAAUGACAUUGUGACAGAUGCCGAUGACAAUAGCGGUGUAGUAAAAACUGUAACUGUACGUACGACAAGCUUCGUGCGACGUAUACCACAUGAUGAGACAACACAAUCGGAAACGAGUGAAACCAACAGUGAAGAAAAGCAAAGAAAAUCACCUUUGCUCAUUGAAGAGCCAAGUGAAAGCUCAACAACCACUACACAAAUGGACGGCGCUAUCAUAAAAACGACAACCAUACGUACAAUGAGAUUAAACAAGACUAUUGCUUCAGAUGGGCGUAUACUAUUGAAAGAGAUAGAUAAUCCAGAUGACGUCAUAGUUACCUCCUCAAUUGAAAUGCCCGAUCAGGCAACAAUGCCGGAAGAAAAGAUCCCUGACGUCACUGUAUCGUCUGAAACUUUGACAACGGCAUACGUACCCACUGAAAGCACUAGUGCAAAGGUCCAACCAAGUGGUAUUGAUGAGGUUCAAAUUAUUGAUUCGGCAAAUAAUGUACAAACGAAAGCACAGAGUACUGGCAUUAAGGUAGUUGAUAUCGAAACAAAAGAGUUGCCAAAUGUUGAGGAACAGCUAAACACGCAAGAAACCAGCUCCACUGAUAGUACGCAAAUCUCUAGCACCACCACCUCUGACAUUACAGUCACCAAUAAGACAUUGAUUACACAAACUAACGAACAAUCUACCCAAUCCACCACUACCGUCACCAAACGCACUAGACUGACCACCAUACAAAGACCCAGUUUUGAAACUCAAGACAGCGAGCCAUUACAACUUGUUAGUGAACAAUACAAUAGCCCAUAUAAAUCAGGUGAAAUACGAAAAAUAGCGCUCAUAACUCAUGAGGAGAAGUACAAAGAACCUAAAAUGAGAAUGCAUUUCGAUUUCCCACCUGUUAGUCUACAAGUUACCGAGACCUUAACCCAAACGUUAGAGAAUGCUGCAAAUACUUCCGAAGAGAAGAAGCUUGUAGAAGAAGUGGUCAAUCAGCAAGUACAUACAGAGAGCACAGAAGUAGUUAGCCAACAGGUAGAGAUAGAAAAAGAAACACAGAGUACGGUAGCAGAGAAGCUUAUUGAAGAGGUAGAUGUAGUUAGUAACGUAACUUCGACACCAGUUGUGCCCGAUACGGAAACUAUGCAUGAAAAGUUAGAUGAAAUAGUUGAGGAGCAGAAACUGCGAACUCGCACAGAAAAGACAGAUUCGCUUAUUGAAAAGGUGUGCGAAGAGCAGUUACAGGAAGAAUUCAAUAUUGAAAUUAAUGACAGCAAAUUACAAAAUGUUGAACCAGUCACACCAACAACAGCCGUUGGAAAUGUUGCAGUGUCCGCCGCCAUACCUGUAGAAGUAGGAAGUCAGAUUGUAGAAAAGUUAGCAGAAACCGUUGUUACGCAGGCUAAAUCGGUAGAUACACAAGAUUUCGUAACCGAUUUGACCGCGGAGGAACAAGAACUGUUUGAGGAUAUUAAGAAGAAGCUAUCAAAGAAAGACAAAAAGAAGCGUCCAGCGCUACCUGAAGAUUUCUUCAAACAACAAGAAAUCGAUAGUACCAUGCAAUUAAUUACAGAGGAACGUUUAGUUAGCGAAGCUAGUGGCUUAGAGAAACAAGAACAUGUAGUAGAAGACUUGUUAGUUGUCAAAGAACCACAAAUAAAUACUGUAGUAGAGCAAAAUAUACCCAGUGAAUUGGUUAAAGAGGAAACAAGCAAGACAGACGAACUUUAUCACAAAUUAAUUGAAAAUGAAGAUUUCGUUAUUGAGUCGCAUGUUGAGCUUAUAGAAGAACCAAAGGUUGAAGAAGAAGAAGUGCAAGACAUAACAAAAUUGCCUGAAGUAAACGAACCCACUAAUAUUGCUAACGCUAAUGAAUUACCUGCUGCUAAACCCAGCGCUAGCGAUCUAACUGAAGAACCUAGUGCUAGUACUUCUUCAUUAACUUGCUUUGAAGUGCCUAAAUAUAAUAUAACCGAACUGCAAUUAGCCGAAAAGAGUUAUAUUGAAGUGAGUAGCAAACACCCUGAACCCAAAACAGAAGACUUACCUCAGCAAAACGAAGAUACCCCAGUUAGUGCUGUAAAUGAUAGGGACCCAAGUGAAAUUCCAAGUGAUAUAAUUUACGAAUUACCGAAAUACGAUGUCUCUGCUCUGGCGCGAGCUGAAUAUAAAUACCACAUCCAGAACCCAGACGUUGAAGCACCUAAAUUGGAGACCACUGCAACUGAGGUAAGUGAUUUAGAAGAAUCAAACUUAGUUAAGAAGCUAGCAGAAGUAGAGUUAGGUGAAAAAGAAGAUAAGUUAGUUUCUGAAACCACAACCACAAUAACAACCACAACAACAACCACGAUUUCAACAAAGGAAGAUAUUUCUGAAACUGCGAAAACCGAAAUGGUGAAUGUUGAAGCACCAGUAAUUGAGGAAGUGCCCAAGCAAAUCAUGGAAGUAACAGAGACUGUAUCAGUAGAACCGUAUGAAGAGUUGAAGCGUGAAGAAAAAUCAACUGAUUCUCACUACGUUGAAGAGACACCAGUCACCACUAAUAUUACAGCGGUUACCACUGCAAGUAAUCUCGCUGCGACUGCUCUUGAUUAUGAAAUUUUGGAAAUACCUAAGUAUAACUUAGAAGCCAUUAAAUUAGCUGAGAAAUUGUUCGUGACAAGCAUAGCUAAGCAAAUAGCUGACGUUGAAUCAGAAACUAAAAUACCACAAAAACAGGAAUCUGUGGAAAUUUUGGAUUCUAACAAAGACGAAGUUGCUAAGCCGCUGGUAACUGAAACAAUACCCGACACUACACGGACACCUGCCGAACCACACUUCUACUCCUUUGAAGUUUCAAAGUAUGAUCAUAAAGCUUUGCUCGCUGCUGAGAAUUAUUUUCCAUUGUUCAUUGGACAGCGCGAUGACGCAGAACAGGUUACCACUGUUAUCACUGAAACAGUGGAAGUACAGACACAAGAUACAAAACCUUUGGAAGAAAUCAAAGUACAAGAAGAAGAGAUAACCAUCACAAACGUUGAAGAAGCGAAUUCAGUUACUGUUUCAGAAGAAUCAUCACCAGUUUCUCAAACUACGCACACUACCACCUCAACCACUGAAGUCACCGUAACAACGGAGAUAACGGUUCCCGAAUCCAAGCCGGUAGAAGAAACUUCUUUAGUGGCUGAAGAGAAACCAAUCGAAAAGGUCGAAGAUGUGAAACCAGCAGCUGAGGUUGUAGAAUCGCAACCUAUUGUAGAACAACCUAUCGAACCAGUAAAAGAAGAAGAAAAGUCCGAAGCAACUAUCACUCAGUCCACUUCGCAAACCACUACUACAACCACUGUAGUUACCGAAACAGUAGAAGUAAGUGCAACAGAUUCAAAACCAGUCCAAGAAUCUCCUGUUGUGGCUGAAGAAAAACAAAUUGAAAAGGUUGAGGAAGUGAAACCCGCAGAAGAGGUCAUAGAUUCGCAACCUAUUGUAGAACAACCAAUCGUACCAGUAACAGAAGAACCGAAGAAAGCUGCUUAUGCUGGUCUUCCGAUUGACGAAUCUUCAGGUACAUGGAUGGAUGUCCUCGAUGAGCCAAUGGUAUUCUCCGACGAAGAAGAAACCAAGGAAGAACCUGUUACCCAGACUUCCUCGCAAACUACUACCACAACUAUUGUAGUUACUGAAACCGUAGAAUCAAAGACUUCAGAACCGAAACCUGCAGAAGAAGUUUCUUUAGUGGUUGAAGAGAAACCAAUAGAAAAGGUUGAGGAAGUUAAACCAGUAGAAGAAGUUGCUGAAGUGAAUGCUGUUGUGGAGCAACCCGCUGCGCCCGCCAAGGAAGAACCCAAGAAACCUGCUUACGCUGGUCUUCCAAUUGACGAAUCUUCAGGUACUUGGAUGGAUGUCCUCGACGAACCAAUGGUAUUCUCCGAUGAAGAAGAAACCAAGGAAGAACCUGUUACCCAGACUUCCUCGCAAACUACUACCACAACUAUUGUUGUUACUGAAACCGUAGAAUCAAAGACUUCAGAACCGAAACCAUUAGAAGAAGUAUCAAUAGUGGUUGAAGAGAAACCAAUCGAAAAGGUUGAGGAAGUGAAACCAGUAGAAGAAGUCGUUGAAGUGAAAGCUGUUCCGCAACAACCCGUCGCACCUGUCAAGGAAGUACCCAAGAAACCUGCUUACGCUGGUCUCCCAAUUGACGAAUCUUCUGGUACUUCGAUGGAUGUCCACGACGAACCAAUGGUAUUCUCUGACGAAGAAGAAACCAAGGAAGAACCUGUUACCCAGACUUCCUCGCAAACUACUACCACAACUAUUGUAGUUACUGAAACCGUAGAAUCAAAGACUUCAGAACCGAAACCUGCAGAAGAAGUUUCUUUAGUGGUUGAAGAGAAACCAAUCGAAAAGGUUGAGGAAGUGAAGCCAGUAGAAGUAGUCGUUGAAGUGAAUGCUGUUGUGGAACAAUCCACAGCGCCCGCCAAGGAAGAACCCAAGAAACCUGUUUACGCCGGUCUUCCAAUUGACGAAUCUUCUGGUACUUCGAUGGAUGUCCUCGACGAACCAAUGGUAUUCUCUGACGAAGAAGAACAAGUAGAAGAACCUGUUACCGAAACUAUCUCUCAGACUACCAUCACAACUACUGUAGUUACCGAAACAGUAGAAUCAAAGACUUCAGAACAUAAAUCAGUAGAAGAACUUUCUGUAGUGGUUGAAGAGAAACCAAUAGAAAAGUUUGAGGAAGUGAAACCAGUAGAAGAAGUCGUUGAAGUGAAAGCUGUUCCGGAACAACCCGCCGCACCUGUCAAAGAAGAACCCAAGAAGCCUGCUUACGCUGGUCUCCCAAUUGACGAAAAAGAAGUUUAUGUUGUGGUUGAAGAGAAACCUAUCGAAAAGGUUCAGGAAGUUAAACCAGUAGAAGAAGUUGUUGAAGUGAAUGCUGUUGUGGAGCAACCCGCUGCACCCGUCAAGGAAGAACCCAAGAAACCUGCUUACGCCGGUCUUCCAAUUGACGAAUCUUCUGGUACUUGGAUGGAUGUCCUCGACGAACCAAUGGUAUUCUCCGAUGAAGAAGAAACCAAGGACGAACCUGUUACCCAGACUUCCUCGCAAACUACUACCACAACUAUUGUAGUUACUGAAACCGUAGAAUCAAAGACUUCAGAACCGAAACCAUUAGAAGAAGUAUCAAUAGUGGUUGCAGAGAAACCAAGAGAAAAGGUUGAGGAAGUGAAACCAGUAGAAGUAGUCGUUGAAGUGAAUGCUGUUGUGGAACAACCCACAGCGCCCGCCAAGGAAGAACCCAAGAAACCUGCUUACGCCGGUCUUCCAAUUGACGAAUCUUCUGGUACUUGGAUGGAUGUCCUCGAUGAACCAAUGGAAUUCUCUGACGAAGAAGUGAAGUCAGAGGAAACUGUGGAUUUGAGACCCAAUGAAGUGAGUGCACCAGUGUAUCUACCAACAGACAAAAGUAAAUUCGAGCUCAUUGAGGAGAAACCUAAAAACAAGAAAAUUGUGACGUUCGAAGAUGAGAGUUCUCAUGAAAUUUUGGAAACUAAACCUGUUGACUCGUUUGUCCCUUAUGAGAAUGUGCAACUUGCACCAGAAAUUGUGCAUUACCCUGUCAGUAACUUCUCGGAAGACAUAAGCAUAGGUGAAAGCGAAUUGUUGGUUAUGCCUAAAUGGUCUGAUGGUAAACCACUUCAGGAAGAGAAAACUGUUAUUGAUACAUGGUCAAGCGUAUUAGAGGAUUCAUCACCUAUUUCACCAAAUAUAGCGUUUACUUCAAAAUUAUCUCCGGAUGCGCCAGAAUUUACCCCAUCUUAUUUACGGCAGGCAGACUCUGAUCAAAACAUACUUUUCUUGGAAAGCGAAAGAAAUCUUAACACUUCCGUGGCUGGACAGAAGCAACACGAGAAAGUGCAGAAAAAGUCUAAACAACAAAAAAGAGAAGAAAACUUGCAGAAAGUUGUUGCAGAAGAGAAGCAUAAUGACAAACCUUCAAAACUCAAUGUUGAUGCCGCGGAGUUUAAAGUUGCAGCCGAUACAAGGGACACAAGUACAACACGAGGAAAGUCCUAUGCUGAUAUUGUGUUUGGUGAUCAUUCGCACAUAGGGGAAUCUAAACCAAGCCUUUCCGUUGUCGAAAGUCAGACUGUAGCAGUAGAAAAGGUUGUCGACAAGGUUGUCCCUGUUGAGAGUAUUAAACCUAAGGAAGAGAAGAAAAAGAAAACAAAGAAAGAGAAACGCAGAACUGAACAAGUCGUUAAAGCAAUUGAACCGGAAGCAGAGGAAGUACCAGAGAAAGAGCCUGAAAAUGUUGAGGAAAUAUUAGAACCAACCAUUUCAGAUCUCCCACAAACUGUACCAGAUAGUUCGCCUCAACCAAUGCUUUCAUGGUCUUCUAUUGUGAAGAAGCCGGGUGAAUGGGUCGAUGACAUCGUUAGCAAAACAAAGAAGGUAUUUGUCGAGAGUGAUAAAAAGGUAUCCAGCACUGAAAGAAAAACAGAAAAGGAAGUUACCAAAGGAAAGCCUAUAUCAAAAGAAAGGGAAGAAAAGCCCAAAAAGACUAAGAAGCACAAAACUAAGGAAGAUUUGACGAAACAAGACAAGCUUCCUGAAACACAUACUCAUACCAAACCUGAUGACGCUGACUUCUUGGAAAGUGACGAAUCCGAUAUAUUGAAAGAAAAUGGUCAGAGUCCAGCGAUAUCUGAAGAUGAGCGUCAGCUUAAUGUGGAAAUAGCAGUUGUACCUGAUACCGAUGCAAAAACAAAACCUGAAGGAACCGUUAUAUCCUGGGCGUCAUUAGUAAGCAGACCAGGAGAAUGGAUAGACGAAACUGUUUCUAAACAAAAAGUGCCAGCGGAACCCGUUCAGAAGGCCGAAAAAGCAAAACCAACAAAAAUCAAAGAAAAGAAAACGAAAACAAAACCUAAACCUGAGAAAGUAACUAAAAAAGAAGAGCCUCAUGUCGAACAGACCGUCGACUCAAAUGUUGAAGAGAAAAGCGAUAAUAUAGUUGAGGUAGACCAAGUUGCGACUGUUAUAGAAGCAGAAGAAGUAACACUUGAAACAAAGAAACCAGAAGCUCCUUCUCAACCGCAAGGCUUUUCAUGGGCAGCUUUAGUAAAACGGCCUGGUGAAUGGGUCGAUGAUAUAAAAGAACGGAGAAAGGUGGAGAAAAUACCUGAGUCUAUUAACAGUGAAACAAUCUCAAAAUCAGAGACCCAAACCAGACAAACUAAAAUCACGAAAUCUGUUACUAAAAAAGUUAAGGAAAACACCCGUGUUUCUAAAGAGAGAACUCAAAAAGAUACUUCCCUUGUUACAACAUCUGACAGUGACUCAGAUAAGCAAGAAAGCCAACAGGCACAGCGUGUUCCUCAGUCGAAUAACAUGACAUGGGCCAAAGUUGCAAGUCAAACACACGAUAACUUAAUUGAAGUACAGACCCCCACAGACAAAGAAAUUCGUAAACCUAAGGAAACAAAACAAGCUAAAGAGUUCGCCCAACCUCAAGAAAAACUGAUACCUAUAUCUAAAAAAGAAGAAAGCAAAGAAAUACCUGCAGUUCAACCUGCUCCUUCUAAAAUGUCAUGGGCCUCGAUAGUAAGCCAAUCCACAACAGAUUUCAUUAGCAAUGAGCGAAAUAGACCCGCUCCGAAGACUGAAAAUGUCAAGCCUGUUCCACAGAAAGCUCAAAAAAUUGUAAAGCUCGAAAAUAUAAAGAUAGAGGAACAGGAGCCUACUUUUGAGCACAAACAAACUCUGGAUGAUUUCGAAUGGGAUAACAUCACCGAAACAACUCUUACAGCGACCGAUCAAGUAAGUGAACACGACGAUUGUCAUAAUCAAUCUAAAUCUUGGAAAGAUAUGAUUGAUGAAGACUCUGAUGACAUAUUUUGUGAAGACAUUCCAACUACACACACUGAGUCUAAAUCACAAGAAAAGUUUGUUGAAGAGAAACCCACUGAACAGGGACUAGAUACGAAAAAGGGCAAAGAGUUGAUUGAAGUGCAAAAUAUAACAGAACAACCCACAAAGUUAGUGAUAGAAGAAAGUGUCUCUCAGGCUACCCCGAAACCCACUACCACAAUUAUUGUUGUUACUGAAACAGUAGAAUCAAAGACUUCUGCACCGAAAAAAAUAGAAGAAGUUUCUGUAGUGAUUGAAGAGAAACCUAUUGAAAAGGUUGAGGAAGUGAAACCAGUAGAACAAGUCGUUGAAGUGAAAGCUGUUGUGGAACAACCCGCUGCUCCUGCCAAGGAAGAACCCAAGAAACCUGCUUACGCUGGUCUUCCAAUUGACGAAACUUCAGGUACUUGGAUGGAUGUCCUCGACGAACCAAUGGUAUUCUCCGAUGAAGAAGAAACCAAGGAAGAACCUGUUACCCAGACUUCCUCGCAAACUACUACCACAACUAUUGUAGUUUCUGAAACCGUAGAAUCAAAGACUUCAGAACCAAAACCAUUAGAAGAAGAAUCAAUAGUGGUUGAAGAGAAACCGAUCGAAAAGGUUGAGGAAGUGAAACCAGUAGAAGAAGUCGUUGAAGUGAAAGCUGUUCCGGAACAACCCGCCGCACCUGUCAAGGAAGAACCCAAGAAACCUGCUUACGCUGGUCUCCCAAUUGACGAAGAAGAAGUUUCUGUUGUGGUUGAAGAGAAACCUAUCGAAAAGGUUGAGGAAGUUAAACCAGUAGAAGAAGUUGCUGAAGUGAAUGCUGUUGUGGAACAACCCGCUGCACCCGCCAAGGAAGAACCCAAGAAACCUGCUUACGCUGGUCUUCCAAUUGACGAAUCUUCAGGUACUUGGAUGGAUGUAAUCGAUGAACCAAUAGUAUUUUCUGACGAAGAAGAAAACGCAGAAGAACCUAUUACCGAGACUAUCAUUCAGACUACCACCACAACUACUGUUACUGAAACCGUAGAAUCAAAGACAUCAGAACCGAAAACAGUAGAAGAAGUAUUUGUAGUGGUUGAAGAGAAACCUAUCGAAGCAGUUGAAGAAGUUAAACCAGUAGAAGUAGUCGUUGAAGUGAAAGCCGUUGUGGAACAACCCACUGCACCCGUCAAGGAAGAACCCAAGAAACCUGCUUACGCCGGUCUUCCAAUUGACGAAUCUUCUGGUACUUGGAUGGAUGUCCUCGACGAACCAAUGGUAUUCUCCGCUGAAGAAGAUAUCAAGGAAGAACCUGUUACCCAGACUUCCCCGCAAACUACUACCACAACUAUUGUAGUUACUGAAACCGUAGAAUCAAAGACUUCAGAACCGAAAACAGUAGAAGAAGUAUCUGUAGUGGUUGAAGAGAAACCUAUCGAAGAGGUUGAGGAACUUAAACCAGUCGAAAAAGUUGCUGAAGUGAAAGCUGUUGUGGAACAACCCACUGCACCCGUCAAGGAAGAACCCAAGAAACCUGCUUACGCUGGUCUUCCGAUUGACGAAUCUUCAGGUACUUGGAUGGAUGUCCUCGACGAACCAAUAGCAUUCUCUGACGAAGAAGAAAACACAGAAGAACCUGUUACAGAAACUACCUCGCAAUCUACUACUACAACAACUACUGUAAUAACUGAAACAGUAGAGUCAAAGACCUCAGAAUCGAAACCAGUAGAAGAAGUUUCUGUAGUGGUUGAAGAGAAACCAAUAGAGAAGGUUGAGGAAGUUAAACCAAUAGAAGAAGUUGUUGAAGUGAAAGCUGUUGUGGAACAGCCCACAGCACCCGUCAAGGAAGAACCUAAGAAACCUUCUUACGCUGGUCUUCCAAUUGACGAUUCUUCUGGUACUUGGAUGGAUGUCCUCGACGAACCAAUGGUAUUCUCCGACGAAGAAGAAAUCAAGGAAGAACCUCUUACAGAGACUACCUCGCAAUCUACUACUACCACAACUACUGUAAUUACCGAAACAGUAGAAUUAAAGACUUCAGAACCGAAAACAGUAGAAGAAGUAUCUAUAGUGGUUGAAGAGAAACCUAUCGAAGCGGUUGAAGAAGUUAAACCAGUAGAAGUAGUUGUUGAAGUGAAAGCCGUUGUGGAACAACCCACUGCACCCGUCAAGGAAGAACCCAAGAAACCUGCUUACGCCGGUCUUCCAAUUGACGAAUCUUCUGGUACUUGGAUGGAUGUCCUCGACGAACCAAUGGUAUUCUCCGAUGAAGAAGAAAUCAAGGAAGAACCUGUUACCCAGACUUCCCCGCAAACUACUACCACAACUAUUGUAGUUACUGAAACCGUAGAAUCAAAGACUUCAGAACCGAAAACAGUAGAAGAAGUAUUUGUAGUGGUUGAAGAGAAACCUAUCGAAGCGGUUGAAGAAGUUAAACCAGUAGAAGAAGUUGUUGAAGUGAAAGCUGUUGUGGAACAACCCACUGCACCCGUCAAGGAAGAACCCAAAAAACCUGCUUACGCUGGUCUUCCAAUUGACGAAUCUUCAGGUACUUGGAUGGAUGUUCUCGAUGAACCAAUAGUAUUUUCUGACGAAGAAGAAAACACAGAUGAACCUAUUACCGAGACUACCACCACAACUACUAUAGUUAACGAAACAGUAGAAUCAACGACUUCAGAACCGAAACAAACAGAAGAAGUUUCUGUAGUGGUUGAAGAGAAACCAAUCGAAAAGGUUGAGGAAGUUAAACCAAUAGAAGAAGUUGUUGAAGUGAAAGCUGUUGUGGAACAGCCCACAGCACCCGUCAAGGAAGAACCUAAAAAGCCUGCUUACGCUGGUCUUCCAAUUGACGAUUCUUCAGGUACUUGGAUGGAUGUCCUCGACGAACCAAUGGCAUUCUCUGACGAAGAUGAAAUCACAGAAGAACCUGUUACAGAGACUACCUCGCAAUCUACUACUACAACAACUAGUGUAAUAACUGAAACAGUAGAAACAAAGACUUCAGAACCGAAAACAGUAGCAGAAGUAUCUGUAGUGGUUGAAGAGAAACCAAUAGGGAAGGUUGAGAUAGUGAAACCAGUAGAAGAAGUCGUUGAAGUGAAAGCUGUUACUAAACAACCCGCUGCACCUGCCAAGGAGGAACCUAAGCAACGUGCUAAUGCCGUUUCUUCAAUUGACGAAUCUGCAAGCACUUGGAUGGAUGUGCACGAAAAACCAAUCUCAAGUUGGGCGGACAUUGUUACUGAGACAAUCGAGCAAGAACAACCAGUCAAAGAGAAAGAGAAAUUCAAUAAAAAGAAGACCAAAAAGGAUACAAAUAUAGAUUCUGUACCAGCGGUACAGCGUGGACGCAUGCCAGUGCACGAAAGUGCCUCAUCUUUUAUAGAGCAGGAAAGACAGCAUACUAUGCAAGCAAAAAGCAAACCUGAGCUCAAAAUUCAGCCGAAAGAUAUUCCUGAUAUUAAAACACCAGCCACAACUAUGUCGUGGUCCGAUAUAGUUAAACAGGAGAGCAAUGGAACUAAACCGGAAAAAACUGCUGAAAAGAAAGAAUUGCCGGUUCCUAAAAACUCCAGUGUAGAUAUUGAGGUAUCACAAGUUGAUGUGCCUGAGGUUUCGCAUUCUCACAGAUUAGAAAUCGUAACGGAUAAAACACCAAAGGAAAAGACGAAGAAACAAAAGUCCAGAAAGACCAAGAUGGAAGAACCGCCAAAAGAAUCUUACACAGUUCAAACAUAUCCUCAGGAAUCUACAAAUAUUGAGCAACCCAUUUCGUCUACUGCUUUACCAUGGUCUGUUAUUGUUAGUCAAAAUGUUGUGGAAGUUCCGAUUACAAAUAUAGGCGAAAUUGCGCAAAUUGCUGAACAGAGAACACGACAGAUUAAGAACGGUGAAAGCACAUUAAAACAAAUUCCUGUUGUGGAACAUUCCCAGCAUAAACCUAGCAAAGAACAAAUACAAACAUUUAUUGGACAUGAAAUUCACCAUUCCAAGAGUUCUCGAUCAAAACCGGUUGCAGAAGUGCCAACAACUUCUACACCUAUUGAACCUGUUGAAGAUAUUUUACCUGCAGACAAGGAAGUUGUUGAAGUCUCUUUAUCUUGGUCAGAUAUGGUUAAUGAAGAGCAGGAAGAGGAAAUUGUUCCACAACCAGUAAUAGAUACUCCCUCAGAACCAGUAAAUAGCCUAAAUACUUUGGAAGAAACACAAUCUCUCCAUAAGGCUGAGUUAAUAGAUGAAGAGAAAUUGACUGACAAACCAGAACCAACGCAUCCGAAAGAAAAGAAAGAGAAAUCAAAGAAGCAAAAGCUUAAAAAAGAAAAACGAGGACCUUCUAUUUCAGAUGAAACUGAAAAAGCUCAAAUUCUAGAAACUACUACAAUUGUUGAACCUGUCAAACACGAAGAAUCUGUCAAACAUGAAGAAACUGUCACGCAAAAACCUGUGGUUAUACCAUCUGUUUGGUCUAGAUCUGAAACGUACGCAGAAGUGGUGAGAAAGUCUGGUUUGACUGAAAAAUCUAAAAUUCGAUAUCAGGAGCCAGAAGUAAAAUCUGAUGUGCUGGAUAAAUCGCUUGAGACCGAAGCAUCAAGCGAUAAUUUCGACAUUUAUUCUUCUCUAGAAAAUGUUGCAGUGUUGGAGCAGGAAAAAUCAGAUAUCAUAUUUGAGGAACAUAUAGAAAAUGUUACAACUUUACCGGAAGUCGAACCCGAAGUUGAGUUUGAAAUACCUCAGAAGCCAUCGUUUGCCGAAACAGAGACAGAAAGUUCAGAAUUACCAACUGAAACGGCUGAAUUGUCAUGGAAAGAAAUAAUUGAAAAUGAAGAUGCAGAUCAAGUACAACCAGAAAUAACGUCGUGGGCUUCUGAAAUGACGUGGAAGGAAAUAAUGGAUGAUAAAAACCAACAUUCAACGGAACCAGGAACAUCAUCUUGGGCGUCCAUCGUUAGAAGUUUUGCUCCACAAGAAUCUGAAGAAAAACCAUUCGCAGCACAAAAGGAUAAAGAAUUUGAAGGCACCGUGACUUCAAGUCGUACAUCGCGCCCAAUAGAACGGCCAAUUAUUCAAAUUACGGAAACGUCAACUGUGACGGAGGAAACUGAAAGGAAAGAUGAUGAAGGAUUCCUUGAGGCCGUUUCUAAGAAAGAAAAACAACGAAGAAGAUCACGAUCUCGUUCACAGCAAUCAGUUCCAGAAGAAGUCGCACGAUCUCAAAAACAUACAAAAACUAAAAAAGAGACGCAGACCAAACUAGUUCGUCAAGACCUUAGUACUGAUCAACCAAAGGCAAUUCCAUCAGAUAGUUUAACGACCAAAAUACCUUUACAAGAACCACAACAGGUGUCCAAAAUAGUUGAGGACAAAAAGGUAGAAACACAGCAAAAAGUCAUAACACCACUUACAACCGGGCUAUCAUGGGCUGCAAUCGCUGCACAAAAUGUACCAGAGCCUGUCCAACAUAUAAGGCCUCUCUAUGAUGAACUACCAAUCGAACCAGCCGAAACUGAAUUUGACGUCAUCGCUGCAGAAAAAUUGCCUGUGAAAACGGCAAUUGCGCUAGAACCUGAAACGAAAGAAAAAGCCAAAAAAUCCAAGAAAAAGAACAAGAGAAAGCCAGCGGAAAACGUUGAGCCAGGAGACCUGCAUGUAGAAUUGUCUGAAGAAAAUAGUGAAAGCAUUAAACCGACAUCCACUGCGCCCACUACAUCCGACGCCUUUGUGAGCCAAACAUCGUAUUGGUCUGCCAAAUUGAAGCCUCAGCUAAAGGUUUCAACGACUGAAGUCGAUGCAAAAUCUGUGGAACAGGUUCCUGAGAAAAUAGAAGUUUCUGACAUUGUACAGAGUACCGAAAAAGUUACCGUACAAUCACCAACAGAUCAACCAACUACGUGGUCAGCACUCAUACAAACUGAAACUACCGUAUUUCCAGAACCAAUAAUCGAUAGUCAACAGCCUGAACAGUCGGUUCCAUGGACAACUCUUGUUGUAAGUAAAACAACAGAUUUCCAAGCGCCCAAAGCACAAGAAGUCACAAAUGCUACUACUGAUUUCCUUAAUCAAGAAAGAACUUCAGCAGACAAGCAAUCAUUUGUAAAAGUUAAGGGCUUUUCGUAUGCUGAUGUUGUAAAGACCGAAGAGCUUCCUGCGCAGGUAAUCAAAACAGUUCCUGUAAAGGAGUCAUCUAUCGUGACUGAAAGUGUGAAAGGCUCACCAACGGUUAUCGAUGUAUUUGAGUCAACUAGUAAAGCUUAUAUUGCUCAAGAACCUAAACAAACCGUGGAGGAAUCAACUAAGGUUGUUGAAAUGGUACAAACGACUAUAGUCGAAACUACAGAACACGAGCUUGUGAAUAAACCAGAAGCGGUUGAAAUUCUGGAACCAACUAAAGAACCUAAAAUUCCUCAAGAGCCUGAACGGAGCGUAAAGGAAUCAACCACGGUUGUUGAAGUGGAAGAAAAGACUACAGUCAAAACUACAGAACCCGAGCUUGUGAAUGAACCUGAAGUUGUUGAAAUACUGGAACCAACUAAAGAACCUGAAAUUCCUCAGGAGCCUGAACAAAUCGUAGAGGAAACAACCAAGGUUGUUGAGGUAGUGGAAACGAUUACAGUUGAAACUAGAGAACCAGAGCAAGUGAAAGAACCUGAAAUUGUUGAAAUACUGGAACCAACUAAAGACCCUGAAAGUCCUCAGGAAACUGAACGUAACGUAGAGGAAUCAACCAAGGUUGUUGAGGUGGGGAAAACGACUGCAGUUGAAACUAGAGAACCAGAGCAUGUGAAAGAACCUGAAAUUGUUGAAAUACUGGAACCAUCUAAGGAACCUGAAAGUCCUCAGGAGCCUGAACAUAGCAUAGAGGAAUCAACCAAGGUUGUUGAGGUCGUGGAAACGACUACAGUUGAAACUACAGAUCUGGAGGUUGUAAAAGAACCUGAAGUUGUUGAAAUACUGGAAUCAACUAAAGAACCUGAAAUUCCUCAGGAAACUGAACAUAACGUAGAGGAAUCAACCAAAGUAGUUGAGGUGGUGGAAACGACUACAGUUGAAACUAGAGAACCAGAGCAUGUGAAAGAACCUGAAAUUGUUGAAAUACUGGAACCAACUAAAGAACCUGAAAGUCCUCAGGAGCCUGAACAAAGCAUAGAGGAAUCAACCAAGGUUGUUGAGGUCGCGGAAACGACUACAGUUGAAACUACAGAACACCAGCUUAAGAAAGAACCUGAAGUUGUUGAAAUACUGGAACCAACUAAAGGACCUGAAAUUCCUCAGGAGCCUGAACGAAGCGUAGAGGAAACAACCAAGGUUGUGGAGGUGGUGGAAACGAUUACAGUUGACACUAGAGAACCCGAGCUUGUAAAAGAACCUGAAGUUGUUGAAAUACUGGAACCAACUAAAGAACCUGAAAGUCCUCAGGAGCUUGAACAAAGCAUAGAGGAAUCAACUAUGGUUGUUGAGGUGGUAGAAACGAUUACAGUUGAACCCCAACUUGAGAAAGAACCUGAAGUUGUUGAAAUACUGGAACCAACUAAAGAACCUGAAAUUGCUCAGGAGCCUGAACAAAGCGUAGAGGAAACAACCAAGGUUAUUGAAGUGGUGGAAACGAUUACAGUUGAAACUACAGAACCCAAGCUUGUGAAAGAACCUGAAGUUGUUGAAAUACUGAAACCAACUAAAGAACUUGAAACUCCUCAGGAGCCUGAACAAAGCGUAGAGGAAUCAACCAAGGUUGUUGAGGUGGUGGAAACAACUACAGCUGAAAGUACAGAACCCCAGCUUGUGAAAGAACCUGAAGUUGUUGAAAUACUGGAACCAACUAAGGAACCUGAAAGUCCUCAGGAGCUUGAACAAAGCAUAGAGGAAUCAACUAAGGUUGUUGAGGUUGUAGAAACGAUUACAAUUGAAACCACAGAACCCGAGAUUGUGAAACAACCAGAUAUUGAAGAAAUACUGGAACCAACUAAAGAACUUGAAACUCUUCUUGUGCCUGAGAUUGUAAGACAAGAAAUCGAAGUGAAGGAUUCGAAACUUGAUGUAACUAAGGAUUUCCUUGCAACAGAAAUAGCUAUGCAGGUUAAAGAUCAACAGCUAAAAGUUACUGAACAUGAAAAUCGUGAAGAAGUGGUUGUAAAUGUUCAAGAAACUGAACUAAGAAAGGAACCAGAUAUAGUUGAAGAACAGAUUAGUACCUCUUUACCAGAUCAAAUCGUAGACUUUAUUGAAGGCGAGCGUGUAUCUAUAAUCUCACAAAUUGAAAAAGAUCCAAAGAUAAUUGAAGGGUUAGGUAUUGAUUUUAACCAAGUCGAUAACGGGUAUGCAGUUAUCGAGCCUAUCGACUUCUCUGAUAAUGACGAUAACGACCUUUUAAGGGAGAAUAUGCGCUUAGAUAGCAGCACAUUAUUGCGUCCAAAUUAUGAAGAGUUUGAGUCAAAAUUACGAUUAGUUUUAGAUGCAGUAACUUCGAAAGCAGAAGUGCCAUCUGAGGCAGAGAUAACAAAGUCUCCUCAAUCUGUUCAACUUGUAGAGCAACCAGAUAGUGCUGAUGAUGUGCCAUCUUCCGAAGAGAUAAUAAAGACUGCUCAAUCUGUCGAACUUGUAGAGCAACCAUCUAGUUCUGAUGUAUUGACUGAUGAACUCUUGCUUAACCUUACCCGAGAUACCUUUAUAAGACAAGUGCAUAGCUAUACCCAAUUGACGCAAUACGAACGUUAUUGGGCACUUUUCGUAGAGUCUAAUAUUCACACCGAACUUGUACAAAAGACUGAAACUAUAAUGGCCGAACCAGUAGUGGUUGAAGCCAUUAUAGAACCAAUUGAUGAGCAGAAGACACAAAAGACUGAAAUACCAGCUUUAACCAAGCAAAUCAUUCCUACAGAACUAUCACAACCACCUGCUUCGAAUCUUGACACGCUAUGUAGAAACUUGUACAUGGAUGUGUGGCAACACGACACUAACGUCGAACUAGUGGUGAAUAGAAACGAACCGACAGUUGAAAGUGUGAUCUCGGUAAACGAAGACAAAGAAAAACCCACUGAAACAAUGACUGUAAUUGACGAACUGACUGAAGAAGAACAGAAUAAACAGACGAUAGACAUUGAAGAAAACAAAGAAGACGACAAAGAAGAAGAAGAAGAGGAGGAAGAAGAAAAAGUUGAAGAAAUUGACAAUAGCAAAACAGAUCGUGACUUUGAUGAACAUAAACGUGAUGACCGUGACGACCCUGGUAGUGGCAGUAGUGGUAAUGUUACGCCCACACCUGAACCCGACACCAAUGCGUACAAUCCAAAUCAAAGUUGUUCCUCAGAGUACAUGUCAACCGAUUUGCCAGGUGGUGUAGGUCAUUGGCACGAUCAAAGCACAUAUCUCGCUUUGAAUGCCGCCGCGGGUGAUGAACCCGAAGCGACAACCCUAACAGAGACCGAAACAGAAUUUGUACACUCCGAAGUGCCGCUUGAGUUACUAACCGAAACUAAAACGCAAGUAGUACUAACACCAACAGCAACUGCAACGCCGUCAGCGUCCAAUAUUGUAAAUGUGUCCGAAACAACUCAACCCAUCCCCAUCCCAACCCUAUCCCAGACACCAACACCCGUUCCAACACCAACGCCAGCGUCACCAAUCAUUACCCAAAUCGAAAAUGUACCCACUACCACCCAUGUCGAAAGCGACACCACAAGUAAGCUAACACAAUUGGCGGGCGCCAUUAUUAAUACCGUUAAUGUGGCCACCCACGCAACAAAUACGGCAAUAACGGCAACUAAGGAAGCAGCAACAGCUGUGCUCGCGCCCAUCGUGACGGCGGCGAUCAGUGAUAAGGCAACAACACCGCAAACAAACGCACAAAAUACAAUACCAACAACAGCAACAACGCAAGAUACGAAGUUCGAAGAAGACAAAGUUGUUGAGGUGACGGUGACACUUCCAGCGCCUGCCGUUGAAGAGACGGUGACGCUGCCAACAACUGAAGCACCGUUGCAAACGCAAACAGUAGCAACGACAACAACAACAGCAACGGAAACUGAGUCGAUCGGUUCAGGUGUGCCACCAGCGGUGCUGGCACCAGCUGUGGCACCCCUUGCACCGCUGACAACAACGCAAACAACAACAACGACGACAACGGUCACCGACGAGUUGUAUCGCCCCGAAUUCGUGGUGCGUACCGAGUCCAAUGUGAUUAAGCGUACGACGACAACAACAACAGUAACGACUACCACCACCGGCAGCGGUACAACGACGACGGCCAGCGAUGCAAGCGCUAGCUUAUUGCGUCAGCAACAACAACAACAACAGCAGCAGGACUUAACGCACGAUAUCGAAGAUUUACUGCAAUCCCUAUCGACGGUCGAAGAUGGCAUUGGUAAUUUGCCGAGCGCUAGUUUGGAUGGCAUGCUGCAAGGAUUGAAGCUAAUCCAAGAAAAUCUGGAAUACCAAGAAAAGGAAGCAACACGUCUACAAGAAAUCGGACAAACACUACCAACAGAUCCCGGCACUGAGCGCAUACUCAACGAGAUAAAAGAUCGUAUUGAUCUGUUAUUGCGUCGCACGCAGCAAGGGAUCACAAUGAUAGCGAACGCGAUGCACGGUCAGAAGAAGCGCGAGGAGGAACUCAACGAAUACCAAAUGCAUUUGAUUGCAUUGCAAGAAUGGAUUAUGGAAGUAUCGCAACAACUUAAAGACCUCGAACCGACACCCGAAGUCGCCGAGGAUGAGGAACAACUGAAAUCACAAGCCGAACGCAGCCAGCAAUUGCUACGUACGCUCAAGGAUAAACAGCAAUCGCUGGAGGAGUUGGUCGAGAAGACGCGUCUACUGCAGCAACAUGAAGACGUCGCACCAAUGGCCUGUGAUCUGAUGGAUCAGCUUGCACUUAUUAUCACGCUGCUGCGUGAACAAAUCACUGUCGCCACCACACGCAUUUAUACCAUCGAGAAGACUAUUGUGGAGCUCCGUAAAGCUAGACAGGAAGAAGAGCACCGCAAGCGCGUGGCAGCCGAUGCUUUGAUACAGCCACCAAUCAGCGCGCCAGUAUCCAUUGAAUCAAAUGCUAGCACCAUUGAUUCAACACCGAUGCCAGAGGAGGAAGUUAAACCAGUGCAAAUACAAGCACUUGCAGUAGAAACCCAAACGUCCGAGAGUCUCGCCGCACCACAACCUCAACCAGUUGUGGAGACAUACACAGUUGAGGCGCAAACUAGUUUCGCAGAGCCAGUUGUGCCAUUAGCGCCUUUCGUCGAAACCACUGAAACUGCCAUGCAGACGCAGAAGGAGCGUAAGCCUACCGAGAACAUUUUAGUCACCUCCACCAUACAAGCCGGUCAGGAGACUAUACAGAUUGAUACUAUACCGAAUAAAGAGAUACCUGAAGUGCCAGAGGAUGUCGAAAUCGAAGCGCGUUAUCAUCAACAACCGCAAGGAGAUGUGGAUCGGGCCACCGAAUUGGUAUUGAAAAAUGUACCGCAAGCAUUCGAAACCACCUUUGUUGAACCCGACCAAACUACCACCGAAGUUGUGGUGGAUGCAGAUGGUACGAAGCACAUUAUUGUAAAGAAAGUAACGCGCACACGCCAACAGGUGGUGCAGCAUCAACAAAUCAGUUCAAUUGCCACGGUCACGGAUGCCGAUGGUAAUAUACAAAUUCAAUCGACCGGACAAUUGAAUUUGGAAAAUGUGCAAACUGCCGAUACCAGUGGUGAUGAUCAGCGCGGCUAUCAGACGGUGAUAACGCAGCAAACACGCGGUACUGUCGUAGACGGUUCGGAUCCAAAUGCAGUGGUCGUUAAGGAGUUCGAGACGGAGCCAACAAUCGAACGUUUUGAGCAACUGCAAACACCUGAGGGCCAACAAACCGAAAUGAUUACCGUUGUUAGUGAGGGUCCGACAACCACGGCCACUUCGCAAAGCAGCAUACGCGCGGUUGUGCAGCAAGUAACGCGCAAAAUCAUACGAAAGACACGUAAGAUUAUUAAGCGCAUCGUGGUAAUCGAUGGUGUGGAACAUGUCACCGAAGAGGUGGUUGAAGAGCCAGAAGAAAUCGAGGUCAGUGAAGAAGAGUUGCCACCACAAGUGAAUGUGAAUAUCAUACGCACCGUCAAUGGCAAAGUGGUGACCGAGGAAGAGUUCGAACGGCUGACGAAAGAACCAGGCGUGGUAAUUGAAGAGGUUUCGACUGAUUUGUUGGAACCGCAAUUGCCACAGACAAGCGCACCUGUAGACGAGGCUGUGCCGUUAGUGACAGACUCGACGCAGCCGCAACAGGUAUUUGAAAUUGAAUCUUCUACUAUUCCUACUACAACAACACAAACACAACCAACAACAACCAGUAUUAUAACAACAAGUACUACAGAAAGAACUACAACAACAUCAACAGACCAAGCACCAGUAGAAUUUGUUGAUUUGUCCGCACCAAAAGUAGUUGAACAAAGAAUAAUUGAAACCGUAGAAACUACUAGUACUAGCCCUGUUAAUAUUCCAGCGGACUUAAGUACGACACCCUAUGAACAGACAAUAGUAGUUGAAGAGGAAGUUUCACCAAGCGUACAAACCAUCGAACCAACUAAACUCAUAGAAAAUAUUCAUGAGAUUUGGCCAAAAGAACAUCAUUUGGUGCCAACUGAUAUCGAUUUCUCUCAUCACCCCGAUGACGCAACUAAACCAUCGGUUGAGACAUAUGAAGUUAAAGCAACCACUGAGUCCAAACCAGUGGAUACUGUUUGGCCAAUUGAUGAAGAUACGGGUUAUCCGGUUUCUCUGGAAGAAUACAAAUUCGAAAAAGUUGUAGAACCCAAAGGAAAGCCUAAAGAAAGUGAACCAGAUCAAAAGACGGCAACAGUGACAACAACAACUAUUACAACAGUCACCACUGAGCAGCUAUCGCCAGAAACCACUGAAUCAUCAGCACCCGCUGCCACUGAAUUAGUUAUGCCGCAAUUGGCUCCAUUUAAAGAGCCGGAAAGUAUUGCAGUAUUACCAAAAGAUGCUACCGACCCAGUAUCACAUGAUUCUGAACCACAAGUAUUAACAUCGGUUAAAGAACCUGAAAUCUCGUUAAUUGAAACUCAAGAACCUACUCCCGUACCUUUUGAACCAACAGUAUUAGAACCAGAACUACCAUCCUCACAAGUCACCAUUGUCAAGGAAGUACCUGAAGAGAGACCAACACAACCUGAAGAAAAGCUAGUCACUGAUGUUGCCACAACCGCAGAAGAACCAGAAACAAUUAUUGUGGAAACACCUGCCAGUGAGCUUGUUUCAUUAACAUCUACCGAAACAGUUACCAAAACGCCAUCUGAGGACAAGUUUCUGCAACCGUUACCUGCCGAAAAGUCCCAAAUCGACAUACGAGCUGCCACACAGCUCUUUAUUUCUGGUGAAGUCUUGGCCACUGACAGUGAUUCUCCACGAAAAUCAUUCACAGUGACUGCGCCAUCUAUUGAGCAAACCGGCAGCGGUGUUUUGAAAGUUGUUAUGACACCUGAGGAAGAUAUUGACCCUACACAAUUGCCACCUAAAGUGAGUAUGACAAUUGUUGAAACCUCAACGGUGACCGAAACAGAGCGUGAGGAUACGACAUCGCGCGGCGAUGAAUUGAAUCUCACACCUGCCGAUGCCAAGCGAAGUCGUAAGAAAAAGAAAAGAAAGGAAGAUGUCGAACCUGAAUUUGAGCAAAGUGAAGAGGAACCUAAGGUUGAGAAAUCUGAGGUGCCUGUGUCUAGAAUUUCAGUGUCCGAAAUCGACAUUGAAUCUCCUCGUGAAACUGGCUAUGAAGCCGAUGACGUAUCUCUUUAUGAUUAUGAGAAUGAAGAUUUUAGAAAGAUGCGACAUAAGCGAAAGAAGCAAAGAUCAAGAAUACCUGAAGAUGCAGAGUCUCAUGUGCCAUCAUCAGAAGCAACACCACGUGAUAUUGAUACACCCAGUUUGGAAUCAGAAGGUAAAGUUAAGCAGGAGGUGAUUGCCGAGAUUAGCCCAGAAAGUGAAGCGACCAGCAUUGAAGUAGAUACUUCAGUGAAGGUUGUGGAGGAAGCGGUUUUAUCGCCAGAUUCUGAUUCACCACGUGCACCGCUUACGGAGCUAGUAAUUCCUACCGAGGUAAUAGAAAUUUCCUACGUAGAAGAUGAACAGCAACAAACCACGCCUCGUGAAGAACCGUCUGCACCGAGCUAUGAAGAACCCGUCAAAGAGAUCAAAUCAUCUCAGACAUCUCCCGAACAUAAGCCCAAACAAGAAGAAAUAUCCUUGCAGACAAGCAUUGACGUUGUACCAGAAAGUCAAGAGACUGAGGCGCAGACUAUCACAGUUGAAAUAACGGAUACUGAGAUGCAAACAACACCACGUUCUGAGGAGCUAGUUACACCAAUAGCUCUUGAGCCAAAACAAACUGAGGAAGAAGAAGUACAAACUGAGGCACCUUAUUCAGAACCUUUGCCGCAAGUAGAAGUACCCGCUAAGCCAGAAACCACAGAAAUAUCAAGCCAAACAAUUGUGGUUACCACCAUUGAAAAGGAACUACAAACUACACCUAAAGAGUCACCGCGCUCACCUGAGGCAAGUACCAGCGAUGUCGUUCAACCUUUAGUACAUGAGCUGGUCAAAGAUUUGACUACAGAUUUACCAACUGAAAAGGUUGAAAAAUCUGACCAAGCUAUUGGCACAGAUUACACCGUCACUCAUGAGACUUACGUACAAACUCUCACCCCGGAACCGGUGGAUUAUGUUCAACCUGCAAGCACACCUGAGCCGGUAAUUGAAGAAUUCAUAGAACCAGUACAAGUGGUUAAAGCACCUGCAGAGCAACGUGAUCAGCACACAACCACCUUUGAGUUGACUCAACUUGUAGACUCAACAUCACAGACUACACCACGUGAUGAACCUCAACCAGUAGAACAGCCUGUUUCUUUAGAACCUGUUACACUAACAGAAGAUAUUUCAUCAACAUUGACUUCCUUAUCUGAGCCGUACAAUAUUGAAAUUCAAACUUCAGUGGCAAUACCGGCAGAUACGGACAACUCAGAGAUUGACCCGAUUGUAUAUGAGCAUACACAAACAAUUGAACUGCCCAAACGGGAUAAAAAGAAAAAGGAUAAGAAAAAGAAGAAACAUACCGCUGAAGAAAAGCCAGACGAAGAUGAGUCUAUUGCUGAGCAGUUACCAGAGGUCAAUGUGAAUAUCGAAAUAGCAAAGGACAUUGUACCUGAAGCAGGUGUGGUUGUAACUACUAGUCAGCAAGUGUCAGAUGAUACCGGUUCACGAACUAUGGAAAAGAAACCACAAUUGGUGCAACUGCAAAUCACUAAAACGACGGUUUAUGAGGAAUUCCCUGAUUUGCCGCUACAGGUCAGUGAGCAAAGUAAGGUGAACCUUACCAGUCAGCAAGGUAGCAAACCACGUUCCAGACCAACUUCAUCCGUCAUGAUUGAGGAAGUGAGCUCACCAACAGAAGAGAUUGUUGUGCCACUAACACCAGGUCCCGAUAAAGAUAUACCAGAAAGUGCCACUGAAAGCAUUUGGUUAGCGGCAACAACAGCAGUUGGUAUUGACAAGACACCUAAGGAUGCCUCACAGGCAAUGAUUAUGUCUGAAAGUCUACAACACUAUCCUGGAUCACAAGUCAAACCAAAGGCUGUGGAUGUUUGGGCUGAAACGAAGCAAGUCAUCGGUGGACGCAUUAGAUCAUUGAAAGAGUCUACACCUGAGCAUAAACCAUUAAGCAAUGUAUUGCAUUUAGCUACCCUAUCCGACAAGAUAACGGAUAUGCCUGUGGAAGUACGUGCGCAGGAAGUCAAUCAAGGCUUGCACGAUUUGGAGGUAGCUGUAAAGCAAGGUGAUCGCACCGUCAUUGAAACUACAGUCAUAACCGUUAUUGAAAAAGUCUCAACAUGGCUCGAAACCGUUGAGUAUCGCGUAUACUUAAUCAGACAAAACUCUGAUGAAGGUCCUUCCGAGCAGAAGUUGGACGAUUAUAAUCAGUUGAACGAUGAACUCGGCACCAUUAAGUCGAAUGUCAGCACACUCGAAAACCACUUGGAGAAAGCUGACCACUUAACUGGGCCUGAGGUGCAGCAGUGUGUUGAUGCGCUAAAGGAGCAUGUCAAUGCAGUGGAAGAAGUGACCAAAGACAACCAGGCACAAGAUACUAAAGAGCUGAAUAAGUGGAAUAAUUUUGUCGUAUUGAUACAUCGCACCACCAACAUUUUGGAAGAACUUCAAGAACGUUACGACACCAUUGUGUCGCAAGACAUAACACUGAAUGGAAAAUUGCGCAGCCUCGAUGAAUUGGAGGCACAAAACAGAGACGUACAAGCUAGUAUCGCAGAGCUCACACAAAGUGCGCGCGCAUUCCAACGUAACUUCCCCGGCAAAAAGGUGCCGCAAGACAUCUACAAUUCCUAUGAAGUUUGUAAAAACAUUGAAAACAACAUACAGGCUGAACGCGAUCGCUUGCUGCAGUUGCAGUCACUAGCCGAAGAGUAUGAGCAAACACUCAAGGAAUUCACCAACAUCACUGUGCUGGCCGAUAAGAUGGUCGAAAGUCCAAUUAUAUCCAGCACAUUGGAACAACUCAACAAUGAAGUGCAGAAACAUCGCAAAUUCUUUGUAAACCUCAGCCAUUGCCGUGCCAUGUUGGAGUCACUGGAAGAGAAUAUCGAUACCGAGACGAGAGAGAAGCACGCGGAGUUGCACAAAGAACUCUAUAAUCGCGCAACCGUGCUUUUGGAAAAGGCUUCGGAACGUUCAUCGAAAUUAGUGCAAGCUGCUUCACGCUGGACGGUAUUAGAGAAGGGCAUGAAGGAUGAAUUGCAAUGGUUACAUGUGGCACAGCAGCGUGUGCCCGAUUUGUCUGCUGUCACUUCUGCAGACUACGACCAAUACACUACGCUAUAUCAGUCCAUCAGCAGCGACAUCUCGAAUCACUACUUGAAAAUGACACAACUCUCAAAUAUUUCCAAUAAACUGCAAGAUCUCGUGCAGGCGCCCAAUCUAGUCGAAGAGACAAACGAAGCACUCAUUGUACUGCUGAAAUUGCGUGAAGAAGUCUCUCUGUACCUGCAUCGUCUGCUCGUCUUUAAAGAAAUUUGGGCACAGUAUGAAAAUCAAACCGAUAAAAUGGAGACUUUCGUACGCGAAGCUGAGAAGGAAUUGCGCAACAUACAUAUACCUGAAGAUCCACUAGAGCAGCCAAUUGAACAUAUGCGUCAGUUUUGGGAGAUGAAGGCACACUUUGAAAUGCACAAUAACAUACGUAAUCUAGCGGGUCAUAGUUUCGAAAAGGCACUGCAAGUCAUACCGCUCGCCGACGAAAUGCUACAGCGGCAAUUCCAUGCACAACUCGAAGAUCGUUGCCAAAACAUAGCCGCCUCUAUUGAGCGUAUACAGAAUAAUAUUGUGAAUAGCCUGGCCUCUCAAGACGUGCCACCCGAAGAGAAACUGAAAUUGGUCGAACGUGAGUUGCAAGAAAUCUAUCUGACAAUGACCAGCAUUAAGGGUGUAAUCAAGAAUGAGGAAGAGCUCUGUCUCUACAUUGAGCGCAUACAAGUGCUACGUACGCGUGUUGGUUUCAUUGGCAAUGAAUUGGGACGCAUCGGUCUGCAAGAACCAUCCGUCGAACCGGAAAAGGUGGGCGAACUCUUCGCGCUCUCGCACAAGAUCAACACGCAAAUUGCGGAAGAACUCGAAGGCGCCUCCGUGUUGCGCGAACAAUUGCGCGCCAUACAAGAGGGCAUACAAAAUCUGCGCAAACAUCAAACAAAACUCUCGGUCAUAUUGGACGAAUGCGAAAGCGCUGAGAAACUGAGUAGCGAAGCCAUUGAAAAGGCGGUAAUCGAUUGUCAAGCAGUUGGUGAAGAUCUCAUCGGUAAUUGGCAAGAAAUCAUGCGUAUACGACAAAUGUUGCAUACGUUGCCGAUGCGCUUGAAGAUGUCGGUGUCGCCUGUGAAAUUGGAGCGUGACAUCUCGCAGCUGCAAGACGAUCACGCCUUCUUGGAGAGCAAAUGCACGAACAUACUGGCAAUAUUGAGAAAUCGUUUGGCGCUUUGGUUGCGUUAUGAGCGCCAGCUGGAGUUGGUGCACGAUUCCGUGCAGGAGACUGACUUUAUGAUGGAAUUGCUCAAGGUGCACGGGCAGGUUGACUACGAACGGCUGCGCAAGGCCACUGAGCGGCUAGAGGGUCUUGCUGGUGAUUUGCAAAAUCGUGAAACACUCUUGGAUGACUUAAAAACAUCGGCUAAGCCUCUUAUCGAAACAUGCGAUGUGCAAAUUGUCGAACAGAUCGAGUCGGCUGUGCAGGAUGCGGUUGUAGCUUGGAAUGAUACGUCGGAUAAUUUGCUACAAUUGUGUACGCGUUAUCAACGCGCUGUCGAGCUUUGGGAGAAAUAUCGCAACGCCUCGGCGGCCAUACGCAAUUACGUAGAACAGCAAAUGGAUACGGUGCAGAGUUUGGAACAGCCGCGGGAGACGCUGCAAAGUGCUAAGAUCUGCCAGGAUAAUUUGAACUCGCAAACGGAUCGUUUGUCGGAGCUGCGCGAUAUCGUUACGAAAAUAGCCGCCGAUAUUGGUUUGGAUGCCUCCGGCCUCAUGCAAGGCGAAUUGGAUGCGUUAGGCCAACGUUUGCAAGACUGCAAGGAGGCCAUUACCACAUUGGCCAAUGUGGCCGAAGCCAAGGAUAAAGAACGCAAGGCCAUCGACGAGAAUGUACAGCAAACAAAAGCGUACUUGAACAAUGUACAGAAGGACGUCGAUCGCCAAGCGCAGGUCACCGCCACUGGUGUGCCUAGCGAGGAGCAGCUAACGGCAUUGCGCACCCACUUGCAAACACUGGCUCGUACCGAGGAAGAGCUGAAACAGCUGCGUGAACGAAAUAUUGAGAAUACGACGACUGAACGUGGAAAUUUGACCGAUGAUGAUAACACCAUCAUCGAGGUGCUGGAGUUAUGGCAGAAGAUAUUCCAAGAUACCUUCCAAGAGUAUCAUCGCCUCUCCACACGUUUGCUGCGCAGUCAGAACAGCGCUGAGGCAUUGAAGUUGUGGCGUCAAUACUUGCAGCACGUGCAACAAUUCCUCGCCUGCAACAUACCUGAAGACUACACAAGUCUCAAGGAGCAGCAGCAUCUGUGUGAGAUACAUCAAAAUCUGCUUAUCUCACAGCAAAAUGUGCUCGCCACACACACGGAAGCCGAACAACAACUCGAACCGGCACUCGCUGAACAAUUCAAAGUGUUGACGAACAUGCAUAACGAGACGCUGUCGCGUAUUAUGCAACGCAAUAAUGAGCUGGAGGCGCGCAUGACUGCUUGGAACACGUAUCGCGCUGAUUUGGCGGCGCUGCUCGAGUGGUUGAAGGAACGCGAGAAGGAGCGCACACGCUUGCAACUGCGUUACAUACACCUAAAGCGCGUGCCACGUCUCAAGCAGCGGCUGGAUGAGUUACUACAACAGUUGCCAGCCGGAGAAGCAAUGUUGACGCAGUUGAAGGAGCAGCAAACUGGUUUGUUGCGGUUCUGCGAUGAUGCGCUCGCCACCUCCAUACGCAUGGAACAGUCAAGUGUGGCACAACGCAUUAACAACUUGAAGGCCGCACUCGAAACAUGGAAUAGCUUCCUGUUGAAAAUCUCACAGCUGGCAGGCGCUUACGAGCAACGUACCGCUCAGCUAGAUACCGAGUUCGACAAAGUGCAACAGCUGGUAAACAAAACAAAUGCGCUGUUACCCACCAGUGCCAGUGAUAUACAGGAUUGUCUGAGUAAACUGCGUGCGCAGCAAGUACAUCUCUCGACGCUCACGCAAGAUCUUGAAGCGCUCAAUGUCACACAAGAGGAACUCAAGGAAUGUAUUAGCCCGCACGAUAUGAAGGCCAUAAGACAGAAGAUUUGGCUGCACUGGCAGCAGCACGCUGAUCUCGAAUACCAACUCACGACUUUGAUAAACAUCAUCGAGGAGCGCUUGUCUUUGCAUGCGCUCUUCAAUACACGCUACGAGCGUUUGGCGCACUGGUUGAGUGGUCUGGAACACCGCGUUGAGCGUGAUUCAGAUAUUUCAGCUAUUGCGAACCCCGAAGACGCAGCACGUCAGCUGGAUAAACAAAUCACCGCUGAGCUGCAACUGCGCGAAAAGGACCGCGAAUGGCUGUUAUCUACGGGACGCGAGCUUAUCUCACUCUACACAGACAAUUCGCGCAAUGCAGAGGCCAUACGUCAUGAGGUGCAAGAGAAAUCAGAUAUGCUAAUCGAUCGUUGGGAACGGCUGAAGUACCUGAGCAAGCAGCGCGCUAACAAGAUUGGCGAUUUGAAGAUGACACUGCUGCGCCUGGAGGAACGCAUUGCCUUAAUACGUGCCUGGAUGUUCGAAGUGGAGACCGAAUUGGAUAAACCACUCACUUUCGACUCGUACACACCACCGGUUAUAGAUGCGAAACUCAAAGAGCAUGAAAAGAUACAACGCUCCAUUGAGAAUCAUAGCAGCAAUGUUGGUGAAGUGUUGAAUUUGGUUGAAAUGCUGCUAAAUGACGCGGAUACCUGGCGCUCGCAUGUGAAUACCUCGAAUCUUGGUGUAUCUGCGCAGAAUCUCGAGAAACGCUGGAAGAAUGUUUGUCAGCAAUCCGCCGAACGUAAGCAACGCAUACUUACAACAUGGAAUUUGUUGCAACAAUUGAUCAAAUUCACCACUGAGUACAAAACAUGGCUAAGCAAACAGGAGACAGACAUUGCUAACUACGAACGCGACCUUUCUACGUUGUCGAAGGAGGAAGCGGCUGCACGCCAAAAAGUUGUCGAAACUAAGCUGCGUGAACUAGAAGCACAAGAGGCGCCACUCAACCAAUUGGCGCAAACUUAUGCCAAACUGAUGAUGAGCGCAGGUGUUGAUCCCGAGAAUAUACAGAGUCUUACCAUGCCUACGAAAGUAAUGUUGGCGAAGUGGCGUCAACUCGGACCACGUUGUCAUGCCGUUAUCGAUGUCAUUGACAAAGAUGUCAAAUUGCGACGCGAUUUCGAGAAGGCACAACAGGAGGCUAUAAAUGCGUUGACCGGCAUACAAAGUGAACUGGACCGUUUGCAGAAACAACAGCCAAGCACACCCGCCGAAGCACAAGCUGCUGUGAAACGUAUCGAAAACUUGGAAGGCAAGCUGAAACAAGCUGGCGAAAAAGUGGAAAGCGCUGACAAAUUGGCGGCCGAAACCAAAAAUAAGGCGAAACAAGACGAACUGACGCGCAUCAUAACGCUCAUCACGCAAUACACCACCAUUUGGCGUGAGUUACAAACGCGCAUAGUCACAAUCAAAACCGAAUGGCUCGCCAAGGCGGCCGCCGCCGCUACCGGUGUGGCCGGCGCUGUUGCAGAGGCAGCCAUCACUGCGACACACGCAUCCGAAGCCGAUGCCGGCGUGCAAGUGAACACUUUGUCACAACGCAAGCUGCGCAAGGCGCAAAUGCAACGCGAAACCUCGAUCACCGCCAAAGAUGCCUACAUCAUGGAGCUGGAGACAGCGAUCAAGGAAUGCCAAACGAAUCUCGAUGAGCUGAAGCGCACCAUUUGCGACAAGACACGCAAACCGGGUCCGCAAAAGAUGUCCAAGCUGAUUGGCAAUGCACAAUCGUCCACCGAACUGGUUAAGCAUUUAAGCCAGCUGUUGUUGAGCGAAUGCCAGGCGAGCGCCGACGAGGCGCAAGUGGAGACAGUGGCAGAGCUGGCGCUGCGUUUCGAAACAUUGCUGUCGCAAUGGAAGACGCGCCAACAGCAAGAUCAAAAAGCUAGAAGUGCGCUUCCCGCUGCAUACAAAUUGACCUGUCCACAUGAGGUCGGACGCCUGACGUGCCCGCUUUGUACACAACGCAAUUGGCAGCAGAUCGACAACGAUCUUUGGCGUCUCGAGCAAUGGCUGCAAUUUGCCGAAGGCACGCAGAAGGCUCAAACCACACCGCCGUCGAAUAUUGAACUGCUCGAGGAUGUAGUGCAAGAUCAUCGCGAAUUCCUGCUCGAUCUCGAGAGUCACAAAUCGAUUGUGAUGAGCCUGAAUGUAGUCGGCGAUCAUUUGGCCACACACACAUUGGACACGGACAAGGCGCGUCAAUUGCGCGAUCGCCUCGAAGCCGAUAAUCAACGCUGGAAUGCUGUUUGUAUGGUUGCUGCCAAAUGGCAGGGUCUCUUACAAACAGCACUCAUGGGCAAUAGCGAAUUCCAUCAGAUAAUCGAUGAACUGUGCGCAUGGUUGCAGCAAACCGAACAGAAUAUCAAGUCAUCGGAACCGGUGGAUUUGACUGAGGAGCGUAGUGUGUUGGAGGCGAAAUUCCGUAAAUUCAAAGAGUUGCGCGCCGAAUUGGAACGUUGCGAACCGCGUGUUGUGAGCUUGCAAGAUGCUGCCGACCAGCUGUUGAAGUCCGUGGACGAAACGAGCGCCGAGUCAUCACACACCUAUGCAAGGCUGACCGAUCUGCGCUUGCGUUUACAAUCGUUGCGACGCCUGUCCGGCAUCUACAUCGUGAAGUUGGGCGCGGUGCUCGGCUAUGAUGGUGAUAAUAUGGGCGUGUCGCUGCAUAUGUUGUCGAAUGAGCUUUUGGAUCAAACUACAUUACCCUCUACAUCUUCUUCCAUGCAGGCAGCCGCACCAUACACUGAUAAUGCAAACGGCACCACCGGCACCGAUGCCGAUGCUGUCGAUGGCGAUGCCAUCAACACCACCGUACUUGCGCGCGGUGCACGCUUCCUCGGACGGGUUGCACGUGCCUCGCUGCCCAUACAAGCGCUCAUGUUGCUGUUGUUGGGUGUUGCCACACUUGUGCCCCACGGUGAAGACUACACCUGCAUGUUCUCGAACUCGUUUGCGCGCAGCCUAGAACCGAUGUUGUCAUACCCGAAUGGACCGCCACCGACGUAAUAGUGGGUGGUUGUCGCAAACCAAAACAAACACACACAGAAAAAACAAUUAAAUUAAACGAACAAACAGUAGUAUAUAAGAAAAACGAAUAUAA